AUGUACAUAGAAACCCUACCGCUCGUGGUGUGGACGCUCUUAGUAACAACAACACAUGUAGCGACGCAAAACCAAUAUGGAAUAGGCUUAGGAAUAAAACGAGAAGUAUUUUUCUUAAAUUUAGAAGACGGUUACUUCGGUUGCCAAGUCAACGAGUCAACACAAAUAUUACAAUUGUAUGAAUUAUCUAAAUUAUGUGAUGGAGUACCAGACUGUUAUAAAGCUUCGGACGAACUAAGAACAGAAUUAAAAUGCACAGAUGAUUGUACCAAAGAUGACGGAGCGCGUUGUGUAAACGGUGCCUGUCUUAACGGUGUAUGCUAUUGUAAUGAUGGGUUUGGUGGUUGUAAUUGCCAGGAACUUGACAUAAAUGAAUGUAAAGACCGCCCGUGUGACGUUUUCGCUCACUGUACCAACACCGUAGGCAGUUUUCAAUGUUCCUGUUUUCCGGGUUAUGUCGGCGACGGUUUCACUUGCAAAGAUAUAAACGAAUGUGAAGAUCCAGCGAUCGCUUCGCGAUGUGUGAAGAACGCGGAGUGCUGCAAUUUGCCGGCGCAUUUUAUAUGCAAAUGUAACCGAGGAUUCGAGGGUGACGGAGAGGAGGAAUGUCGAGAUAUCGAUGAAUGUAAACGUCCCGGAGCUUGUGGAGAUAAUGCAAUAUGUCAAAAUCAUCCAGGAAACUACACUUGUGCUUGUAAGGCUGGAUAUACGGGAAACCCUUUCGAUGGUUGCGUGGAUGUGGACGAGUGCCUGAAUAUUGAAGCUUGUGGUGUCGGCGCUAUUUGCCGUAAUAUCGAAGGUGGAUAUGAGUGUAGUUGUCCGCCGGGACACGAGGGAGACCCGCGUGUUGCGUGCCGCGACCUGGAGCCCUGUCUGCGCGCCGCUUGCGGCCGUGGCGCGCUCUGCGAGAACCACCCUGAUGCCCACCGCUGUGUAUGCCCGCCAGGUUUUGAAGGCGAUCCUAACGUACAGUGUAAUGACAUGGAUGAAUGUAAGAGUAGCGUGCCUGUGUGUGGCGCGAACGCUGUAUGCACCAAUACUAUUGGAAGUUUCGCGUGCACCUGCAAACCGGAAUAUACAGGAAAUGCUCAAACUAUGGAUGGUUGCCGAGAUAUCAAUGAGUGUGAGGCUCUAGAGCGUCCUUGUGGCUCUCACGCUAUAUGUGAAAAUACUGAGCCUGGCUAUAAUUGCAUCUGUCCCCAGGGUUAUAGAGCUAAGCCGAAUCCUCAAAUUGCGUGUGAGCAGGUUGAUGUAAAUACAUUAUGCAAAUCUAAUUUUGAUUGUACUAACAAUGCCGAAUGUAUAGAUAAUCAAUGUUUUUGUAAAGAAGGUUUCGAUGCCAAAGGAUCGAUUUGCAUCGACGUAGACGAAUGUAAUAACAGUUCUAAAUGUGGAGAAAAUUCUGUAUGCAUAAAUACGCUUGGAAGUUAUAAAUGUGAAUGCAGCGUCGGCUAUAUUGGAUCUCCGCCACAUGUAACAUGUCGAGCACCUUGCGAAGAUGUGCAAUGUGGAGAACAUUCUUAUUGCAAGCCCGACGGCUCUGAAGCUUACUGUGUGUGUGACGAUGGCUUCACAUUUGAUCCUAAUGAUAUAGCAGCUGGCUGUAUCGAUAUUGAUGAAUGCGACGCUGCGGUCGGAUUGGCUGGAAGAUGUGGGCAAAAUGCACGUUGCUCAAAUACUUUAGGAAGUUUCAGUUGUAAUUGUCCAGAGGGAUUUUCUGGCGAUGCUUUCAGGGAAUGUUUCGAUAUUAAUGAAUGCUUAAUAGACAGUUCAUGUGGAGUUGGUGCAAGCUGUGUAAAUAAUCAGGGCUCUUUUACCUGUGAAUGCCCGGAAGGUACUGUAGCUGAUCCUGAACCCAAUAUACGUUGCUCUGAGAUACUUACUUGUUCUUCAGAUAAAAAUUGCCCUGGCAAUGCUAUUUGUGAUACAGUGGGAAAAUGCUUAUGCCCCGAACCGAAUAUAGGCAAUGAUUGUCGACAUCCAUGCGAGGCGGUUCAGUGCGGAAGCAACUCAGAGUGCCUUUUAAGUAAUCAUGAAGCCCAAUGUACAUGUCGAAGUGGGUUUACAGGAGAUCCAUUAUCACCUACUGGAUGUCAGGAUAUUAACGAAUGUGAAAUAAACCCUUGUGCAAUAGGAGCUGUUUGUCAAAAUUUUCCAGGUCAUUUUCAUUGUGAAUGCCCGGGCAAUUUUAGUGGGGACCCAUAUAUAAAUGGCUGUAUUAUAGGCAAAAUACCUAAUAAAUGUAGCAAUGUUAACCCAUGUCCACAUGGCGAACAAUGUAUUACACAUGAGGGUGAAAAUGUUUGCGUAUGUACUCAAGGAUUUUCUAGAAACAGAGAAAAUGGAAUAUGCGAAGAUAUUAAUGAAUGUACCCAAAACGAUAGGACUCCUUGUGGAUUGAAUGCCAUAUGUAAAAAUCUGCCAGGUAGUUAUGAAUGUAAAUGCCCUCCUGAAUACAGUGGCAAUCCCUACAAUCUAUGUGAAAUUUGUAAUAAUAUAAACUGUCAAUGUCAACCACCGUACAGUGUAGUGGAUGGUAACUGUGUAUUAUCUGGUUGUACUCCUGAGAAGAAAUGCGGCAAGGGUGCUGAAUGUAUUAUUAUAGCAGAUGAAGUAAGUUAUUGUGCGUGUCCUGCUGGUUACACCCAAAGCGCUGAUGGAUCAUGUGAGGAUGUUAAUGAAUGUACAUUUGGCCAACCAGUGUGCGGUUUUGGAGCAGAAUGCAUAAAUACAAUUGGAUCUUAUCUUUGCAAAUGUCCUCCUGGUUAUGGAAAAGAUCCAAUAUCAGGACAUUGCAGCUUAAAUCAAAAACGUUGUAUAAGUGAUUCUGAUUGUUUUGCCAACGAAAAAUGCGUCCAGCCGGGAAAUUGCGUGUGUCCACCGCCAUAUUAUUUAGAUGUAAGUGAUGGCCAAAAAUGUAAAAGUCCCUGUGAAAGAUUCAUUUGUGGUAUAAAUGCGAAAUGCACCCCUAGUGAUCCUCCAAAAUGUAUGUGCAUGCCUGGCUACCAAGGUGAUCCAUAUACUGGCUGUACAAAUAGAAAUGAAUGUGAUAGUGCCCCAUGUGCAUAUGGUGCGAUUUGUAAUGACGAAAAAGGUGGAUAUAAAUGUAGUUGUCCACAAAAUAUGGCUGGAGACCCUUAUAAAACCGGAUGUACUGCAGAACAUGGCACUUUACCAAGACAAUUAUGUAGCAAAAGUAGUCAAUGCCCUAAUAAUCUUGCUUGCGUGAACCGCACUUGUGUGUCUCCUUGUACGAAUGUAGCUUGCGGUCCUAACGCUUUUUGUGAAGUAGAGAACCAUGCAGCGUGGUGUCGCUGUAAUCCAGGAUAUACUAAACCUGAAGGGGGAAAAUGCAUCUCUGGAUGCGACAACUAUUCUUGUGCUCCUGCUGCGCAAUGUAUUAUAUCAAAGAAUGGUGCCACUUGCGUUUGCCCAGAAGGAAUGGUAGGAAAUCCUUUUCCCGGCGGAGCGUGUAUAAGAGAUAUAUGCGGUCCGGGAGUACCUUGUGAAGGUCAUCUUACUUGUAUAUCAGGAAGGUGUCGACAACGAUGUGAAUCAGUCGUUUGUGGAAUUGGUGCAUCCUGUGACGAGAGCAGUGGUCGCUGUGUUUGUAAUGAAUUCUUUGUUGGAAAUCCUGAUCUACUGUGUAUGCCACCUGUCGCACCUCCAGAGUGUGAUCCAGGUUGUGGCGAAAAUGCGCAUUGCGUAUACGGCACAAUAAAUAGUUGCAAAUGUGAUAAAGGCUACACAGGAAAUCCGUAUCAUAAAUGUCUUUCGCGCAAACAAACAACUUGUGCAAAUACAUCUUGUGGAAAAAAUGCAGUUUGUCAACAAACAAAAUCUCAUGUAGAAUGCUUAUGCCCUCCAGGCUACAUAGGAAACCCUAAUUUGCAAUGCAUUGACAUAGAUGAGUGUAGUUCUAGACCUUGUGCUGAAAAUGCCAUUUGUAUUAACACCCCGGGAAGCUAUAGUUGUAUUUGCAAAAGUAAAUAUGUAGGCAAUCCAUAUGAAUUAUGCACACAAGUUUCAGUUUCGAAAUGUGCCGAUGGAUCUAAUUGUGCGUGCUCUAAAAACUCUACCUGUCCCAAUGGAUACUCAUGUGAAAAUUUUAAAUGUGUAGAUACUUGUCACGCUAAAGUAUGUGGUCCUCAGUCGAUUUGUGAAGAAGGAAAAUGUGUUUGCCUUCCGGGAUAUAUUGGAAACCCAAGCGAUCUUAUUCAAGGUUGUAAACCGGACAAUAAAUGUAUCACUGAUGGAGACUGUAAAGAUUCAGAAAUUUGUUUCCAAUUGAGCAAAACUGGUCGUAAAUGUGUUGAUUCAUGUAGUAAAAUACAAUGUGGGCCAAAUUCUUUGUGCGUUAGUGCUAAUCACCAAGCUCACUGUAUUUGUGCAGACGGUUAUGUAGGAAUACCCAGUGAUACUAAAUCGGGAUGUCAUUUACUGCAGAGAGAACCGAAUGAAGUCGAAUGUAAUGUUAACACGGAUUGUGCUACCCCACAAGUUUGUGUAUCGGUAGAUGGCACAACUCACAGAUGUCUUGAUCUAUGUUCUACAAUAGCUUGCAGUGCAAAUGAAAUUUGUAAAGUUAUAAGUGAUGUUGCUCGCUGUGAAUGUAAAGAUGGGUUUCUUUGGAAUCCAGUGAAUUCCAUAUGUGAGCAACCAACAACACCUACUUGUAAUAAUGAUAAUGAUUGUGAUGGAACUAAAUCCUGUCAGAAAGAUGUACUUGGAGUAAACAAAUGUAUUGAUAAGUGUUUAGUAUUUACAUGUCCUCAAAAUUCCAAAUGUAUAACAAAAAAUCAUAAAAGUCAAUGUCAAUGCUCAGCAGGUUUUACAGGCAAUCCUAAUGAUCGUGAUGGUUGUCUACCAGUGGACAAAAAUGAAUGUUCAAAUGACGUUCAAUGUAAAGAAAAUGAAGAAUGUAAAAGCAUAGGAAACGUAAACAAAUGUGUACCUGCAUGUAAUCAGGUGAAAUGUGGUCCUAAUGCCAUAUGUGUCACAAAUAAUCAUGUUGCGAAAUGUCAAUGUCCUUUGGGUCCAUUUACUGGCGAUCCAGACGACCUUGAAAAGGGAUGCCAAUCCGUACCAUGUGUCUACAAUAUUGAUUGCCUUCCCCAUCAACUAUGCAACCGCAUGACUCAUACUUGCAUUAAUGUGUGUUCUGAAGAUAGUUGCGUUGAAAAUGCAGUAUGUAUAGCAGAUAAUCACAAAUUUAAGUGUCAGUGUCUAAGUGGAUAUGUGCCCGAUCCCUUACCUGAUAUUAAUUGCAAAAAAAUAGAUUUAUGCAGUUCUAAUUCUUGUCACUCAACUGCCGUGUGUGAACCACUAUCUUCUUCAUAUGUAUGUAAAUGUCCUGUUGGCCAUAUUGGCGAUCCAGUUAAAGAAGGAUGUAGAAAACAAGGUGAAUGUCCGAGAGGAGAUAUUGAUUGUUUAACUGAAGCAGCUUGUAUUGAUGGUCGAUGUGUUAAUCCAUGUGAAGGUGCUUGUGGUAUAAACUCUAUAUGUAAAAUUAUUGACAGAAAAGCAUUGUGCACGUGUCCCAAGGGUUAUGAAAGCUUACGUGAUGGUAUAUCUUGUAAGAAAAAAGUAAUGACAUGUGCGAAUGAAUUGGAUUGUGAUGGUGACAUUUGCCAUAAUGGCCAGUGCUUUACAGCUUGCAGAAAUUCUAGUCAUUGCGAUCCAGGAGAUAUUUGUGCUAAAAACUAUUGUAUUAGACCAUGUAAUAAAAACUCCCAGUGUGCCCUAGGACAGGCUUGCGUAGAAGGUCAAUGUUUAAUCGGUUGUAGAAGCAAUGAAAAUUGUCUAAGUGAAGAAUCUUGCAUAAAUAACAAAUGUGUAAAUCCAUGUAAGGUUACACGAGCUUGUGGACCAAAUGCCAUAUGUUCUAGAACGAACCAUAUUACAAAUUGUGAUUGUCCUGUAGGAUUUGAAGGGUCACCUACACCUCAGCAAGGAUGUGUACGCAAACCAGCUAGAUGUCUUCGAACAUCUGAAUGUCCACCGGAUCAUAUGUGUAUCGGAUUCCUUUGCCAGGUCCCUUGUCAAGAUAAUUCAAACUGUGCUAUAGGCGAAAAAUGUCAUGAUAAUAAAUGUCACAAAGUUUGUCAUACAAGUAGUAACUGUUUACAUGGAGAACAUUGCAACACUGGAAUUUGCAUUCCCGGAUGUAAAAGUAACUCAGACUGUCUAGACAAUCAGUACUGUAUUUCAAAUGAGUGUAAGUGCGCUGCAGGUUUUCAUAUAGAGAAUGGUGAAUGCAUAAACAUUGAUGAAUGUUUGAACAAUCCAUGUCAUCCAUCAGCACAGUGUGUAGAUUCUAGGGGCACAUACAAAUGCGUCUGCCCCACUGGUGCUAUAGGUGAUCCCUAUACGACUGGUUGUUUAUUACCCAAUCAGUGUAGACAAGAUAACCAGUGCGAGGAUUCUCUUGCCUGCAUUAGAGGAAAAUGUUCUAAUCCUUGUCAAAUGGACGUCUGUGGCUUGAAUGCUAUUUGCAAAGUUAGUAAACAUAGGACAACGUGCACUUGUGAGAAAGGAUUUCUCGGUAAUCCAUUGGACAAGAAAAUUGGUUGCUUUAAAGUUGAAUGUAUAGAUGAUUUAGACUGUUCAUCCGAAAAAUUCUGUAAUCAUCGGACCAAUAAGUGUUCUGAAAAAUGUGAGGAUAACGCAUGUCAAGGCGGUAGUUGUAAAAUAGAAAACCAUAAACCUAGUUGCACAUGUUCCUCUGGAUAUGAUUUAAUAAAUAAUAAAUGUGAAGAUAUAAACGAAUGCUUCGCUAAUCCGUGUACUUUAAAUGCAGUUUGUGAAAAUACACUGGGAUCUUUCAUUUGCACUUGUACGAAUGGAACUGUAUUGGAUAUGAAUACAGCUACUUGUAAAAUGCCUGGUGAAUGUACAUCUGAUGAAGAUUGUUCUAGUGAAACGAAAUGCUCUAACAAUCAUUGUAUAAAUCCUUGUGAUAAAUUUACAUGCGGUUUGAAUGCCGUUUGCUUUGUCGCUAAUCAUGAACCUAUUUGUGAAUGUGAACAAGACAGUCAAGGUGAUCCAUAUAAAAUAUGUGCUAAAUUUGAAUGCGUUAAAGAUUCUGAUUGUCCUGAUGAAGAAGCUUGCACUAAUAAUAUAUGUCAAAAUUCAUGUAAUCUCCCACGAGCUUGCGGGAAAAAUGCAGAUUGUUUAUCUAGAAAUCAUAUUGGAUUUUGCUCUUGUUCGUCAGGGUAUACAGGCGAUCCCGUUUUGGGCUGUGUACCAAUUCAAUAUUGUUCCGAUAAUAGUCGAUGUUCCUCGGGUACCAGAUGUAUUGAUAAUUUAUGCGUCGGAAUAUGCCAAAAUUCGCGAGAUUGCUUCGAUGACCAAACAUGUAUUCAAGGAACUUGUAGACUUACAUGUAAUUCAAAUGAUUCCUGCCCUGAUUCAUAUUUUUGCGUUAACAGAAUCUGCACUAAAAAUGUUAAAUGCAGCUCGAACAAUGAUUGUCUUGAAGAUGAAAUAUGUAAAGACGAUGUAAAUAGCGUUCCUACAUGUGCAAAAAUAUGUGAAAAUCAACCGUGUGGUAGAAAUGCAUAUUGUAAAGCUAUCUUACAUGAACCAAUUUGUACAUGUAAAGAACAUUUUAUCGGCGAUCCUAUAAAAGGAUGUGACAAAAAAGAAUGCGAUAGUAACAAGGAUUGUUCUGAUGAUAAAUAUUGUGAAAGUAAUAUGUGCAAAAUUGCUUGCUUGGCUUCUAAUGAUUGCGGUGAUAAUACAAUAUGCGCUUCGGAGAAUCACGAGCACAUAUGUUAUUGUCAGCCUGGUUUUACAGGAGAUCCCCAUAAAGGUUGUACUGAAAUUGAUUGGUGUAGCCUAAAGGCAUGUGGUAAUGGAGCUGAAUGUGUUAAUUCUAGAACAAGCGCAAAAUGUACUUGUCCUGUUGGCACUAUUGGAAAUCCAUAUGAGAAAGCGGGCUGUCGUAAGGCCUCGGAAUGUAGAUUUAAUAGAGACUGUCCUUCGGAGGCCCGUUGUACUGUCGUUGAAGGAGUCAGGAAAUGUACCGAUGCAUGUGAAAAUAUCAAAUGUGGCGCGAAUGCAGAAUGUACAGCUGUGAGACAUUCUGGUCAAUGUAAGUGCAAACCAGGAUAUAUUGGAAACGGUCCUAAUGAAAAAGAUUGUCGUCUUCAAGAAAUAACCUGUAAAAAUAAAACUAAUUGUCCUAAUGACCAGUAUUGCCACAAUGGAACUUGUCAAGGUUUAUGUGUAUUAGACGAAGAAUGCGAAUUAACAGAAAAAUGUUACAACGGCCAAUGUUUAAAUCCAUGUGAAUUAGAAAAAACUUGUGGAAUGAAUGCCAUAUGUCGUAUCGAAAAUCAUGUAAUACAAUGUAGUUGUCCUUACAGUUUUACUGGUAAUCAAGACGUCGAAUGCGUUAGAGUUCCUCGACUUUGCGGUGAUUCUGGCGAAUGUGAUGAUAGUUAUGUCUGCAAGGAUUUUGCUUGCGUACCUCGUUGCACCAAGGAUGAGGAGUGUGCUUUUAACGAAAGAUGUUCUAAAGGAACCUGUUUAUUGACAUGUCGAGUGGACAAUGAUUGUUUCCUUGGGCACAUAUGUUUGUCGAAUAGCUGCAGAUACGGAUGUCGGCAAGAUGAUGAUUGUCGACAAGAAGAAGUGUGCAAAAGCAAUUAUUGUAAGAAUCCUUGUGCUAGUGAUGUUAAUCCAUGCGGACCAAAUGCUUUCUGCUCUGUAGUUGACAGAAAAGCAGUAUGCUCUUGUGUAGAAGGAUUAAUUCCAAACCCUACGCCGAAUAUAGGUUGUGUUCGUACACCGACAUUGUCAUGUAAAAUGCAUACGGAUUGUUCAAAUGGAUGGAAAUGUGAAGAUGAUAAAUGUAGACCCGUAUGUAGUACUGGCAACUUGGAAUGCUUAGAAGGAGAACGAUGCAAUUCAGGCGUAUGUCGUUACGCGUGCACAUCUGAUGAUCAAUGUUCUGAUGACGAAAUUUGUGAUGGACGAGUUUGCGUCACAGGUUGUAGAACAGACUCCCAUUGCUUAAGCAAUUUUGCAUGUAUAUCCGGUCAGUGUGUAGAUCCAUGUAUAAAGCCAGGAACCUGUGGCGCCAAUGCUUUGUGCACAACCAUAGAUCAUCGCCCUGUAUGCACAUGCCCACAGAACUUAGAUGGAGAUCCUAAAACUGUAUGUAAGCGGGUGACAUCUGCAUGUGAUAAAAACAAAAAUUGCGCUGAUGGAUUUAGCUGCUAUGGUGAUAUGUGCUAUCCCUCUUGCAGAAGAGACAAUAUAUGUUUAUCUAACGAAAAAUGUAUACGAGGCAUAUGCAGACUUAUAUGUAACAGUGAUGAUGCUUGUAGUGAAGGGCAUAUUUGUGAAAAUAGGAUAUGUAAGCAAGGGUGUCGAAACGAUAACGCAUGUGACAAUGAUCUGGCUUGCAUAAGUGGACAAUGUAAAGAUCCUUGUAGUAGCAACACAGCUUGUGGUAUUUGUUCUGAAUGUAAAGUAGUAAAUCAUCGUACGUUAUGCAGCUGCACAAGUAAUUACACUGGAAAUCCAUUAGUUGAAUGUAAGAAAAAGCCCUUGAAAUGUGAUGGUUUUUGCCCAUGUGACGAAAGUGGUUAUUGUAUUUCACUUUGUGAAGAUAAUUCUGAUUGUAGCUGUGGGGAGAAAUGUUUUAAUGGUGGCUGUCGAUCUUUGUGCUCAGCUAGAAAUAGAUGUCCAGAAAGGCAAAUAUGCCUGCAAGGUGUUUGCGUACCCGGUUGCAACAGUAAUAAAGAUUGUGGAGAUGAUAUGAUGUGCUCUUCCAAACAAUGUAUCUCUGUCUGUCGGGAAAAUUCUUGUGGGAAAAAUGCUAUAUGUUUUGCAAAUAGACAUCGCAGCUUUUGCAGUUGCCCCAGUGGUUUCUCUGGUGACCCGGAAAAAGAAUGCAAAUCAUAUGAAUGCACAAAUAAUGGUGACUGUGGUUUAGAUGAAGAAUGCACUGUAGAAGGCAGGUGUAAAAACGUAUGUCAAAACAUUUGCGGCUUAAACGCAAUAUGCCGACCCGUGAAUAGAGUCGCUCAAUGUUCUUGCCCACCAAAUUACUUUGGUAAUCCAAAGGUCGAGUGUUCGAAAGUUGUUGCUGGUAGCUGUUUACGUAAUCCAUGCGGCAUAAACGCUCGUUGUAGAGAUCUUGACGAUGGUAGCUAUGAAUGUACUUGUGCUCCAGGAUGCGCUGGAAAUCCUCAAAGGCAAUGUUUUUGUGGAACGAUGGCUCCUUGUGCUCAUAAAACUUGCGGUACAAAUGCUCAAUGUCGUAUUGGGCAAAAGGGAGAAGCGCAGUGCUAUUGCCCCCGUAACUACCCUAAUGGAGAUCCUAAUAUAGAUUGUGCACAAGAGCGCACUAUUGUGGACUGUCGAACAACGGGAUGUGGAACAAAUGGAGAAUGCCUUAGAGAGGGCGCUGAGUUUGUAUGUCGUUGCAUUCCUGGCACAGAAGGGCAAGCCGAUAUUGAAUGUCACACCAGUAUCGAAUGCACGAGUGACAAAGAUUGUCCAGUAGACAAAGCGUGUUUGAGCUUGCGUUGCGUCGACCCUUGCACCAUACGCGGUGUGUGUGGAGAGGACGCCCUGUGUGUAUCUGUCAUGCACCGCGCCCAGUGUUCCUGCCCCCAAUGCUAUGUUGGCCAGCCUCGACUGUCGUGUCACCUCGAUCCGAAAUGUAAACCCUCUGCAGAUGUUAACUUGACAUUUACAUGCUCUGAAUCAAAGCCUUGCCCGUCUAAAUUGGCUUGUGACUUAUCUACCAAGCAGUGUAGAAACCCAUGUCUUGGAUAUCAAAAUUGCCGAAGGAAUCAAAAAUGUGAAGUUCGAAAUCAUGAACCUGUUUGUGUAUGUCGAAAUGGGUUUGCUUUGAAUGAAAAAGGUGAAUUAACAUGUGCACCAGAACACGCCGAAUGUACUAGAGAUGAGCAAUGCCCAUCGAAUGCUGCAUGCCGACAAUCCAAAUGUGUAAAUCCAUGUUUAGCAUCAAGAGAUCCAAUGUGUCCAAAAGGAAAACAAUGUGAUGUCGUAGAGCACCGAGCGAUAUGUGUAUGCAUUGAAGAUUGUCAUCCAACAGUGUCUAUAUGCUUAAGAGAUAACGGAUGUCCUCAAAAUUUAGCGUGUAUUAACUUCCAAUGCAAAGAUCCAUGUAAAGAGGCAUGUGGUGAUGCGCCUUGUUCCGUUGAAGAUCACCACCCUGUAUGCAAGUUUUGUCCUAGUGGAUUCGCACACGAUGAAAAAUAUGGCUGCAUUAAAGUGCUAGAAUGCGGUGAUCACGGGGAGUGCGCUUCGGGCCUGGCGUGCGUAAAUGGACGCUGCGCGGACCCAUGUGAACGUGGUGGCCCCUGCAAGGCUGGACAACAUUGUGCCGUUAUUGAUCAUCAACCUGUUUGCUCUAAAGUUUGUCAAUGUCAAACAUCUUCCGACUGCGCGAGGUAUCCAAAUACAAAAUGUGAUGGAUGCCUUUGUGUGCGAGGUAAUAAUCCAGGUAAUAAUUGUGCUCACUGUCGCCCUGGAGUCUCUUGUGAUCCAUUUUCUGGCGCGUGUAUGGAAAAUGAUCAACCUGUUAAUGUCCCACUAACUGAAACAAACUCCGAAACUAUGUCCGCAACAAGUACAAAUAUAAAUGACGAUAAUAAUGGUCCAACUACUAAAAACAUGACUAUGACAGCUGACAUUUAUGAGUAUAUUGAGAGUUUUACAGGUAUAACAACAGUAACACAAGGCUUUACAACUGAUAUAACUGCAGACAUAACAACAGAGAUAAUGACUGAUUUUACAACAGGCACAGGAAAUGUUACAAUUGCAACGUUACAACAGACAACAAUAGACGAAAACAAAAAUAUAACCAUAGCCAUAAAAACAGAUGUAAAUACCACAAUAGAUAUAAAAACAAUAAUUACAACAGACAGCACAACAGACAUUCAAAAUGAUAUAAGAACAGAUGUAACAACAGAAAGAAUACAAAAUAUUACUACAUACAUACCAAAAAACACGGCAGAUAUAACAAUCGAUAUAACGAAAGACACAACAACAGUUAUACCAACAGACUUAGCAAAAGAAAAAUCAACAAAAGUUGCAACAGAGAUAAUAAAAGAUAUAAGAACACUAUCAAAAAUCAGUAUAACAGAUAUAGCGAAAGACAUAACAGAAUCAUCAAUACUAAUGAAAAGUACAACAGACAUACCAAAAGAAACAACAAUAGACAUACCAAUAGACAUGGCAAGAGACAUAACAACAGGCAGUAUAAUCACCAUAGUGAAAGAUACAACUACAGAAACAUUGACAGAUAUAAGAAAAGAUAUAACAACCAACAGCCGUACAACAAACUUAGUGAAAGAAACAACAGACACACUAACGAACAUGAUGGCGAAAGAUAUAAAAAUAGACAGUACAAUAGCCGUAGUGAAAGACGCAUUCACAACAAUAUCAACUGACUUCGGAAAGGAAAUAACAACAAGAAGUACAAUUACUGUAGAACAACCACCAACAAUAGACAUACUAAUAGACACGGUAAAAGACACACCAGUAGCUAGUACAAUAUCUAUAGCGAAAGAUACCGCAACAAAAACAUCAACAGACAUAGCAAAAGACAUAACAACCGGUAGAACGACGUACAUGUCAAAAGAUAUAGUAUUAGGUAGUAUAUUAGGCACAGCAAUAAAUGAAACAAUAAAACCAUCAACAGAUAUAGUUACAAACAUCAGAGAUAAGACAACCGGCAUUACAACAAACAAAGCGAAAGAUAUAAUAAAUACACCAACAGAUAUACCAAUAGAUAUGGUAAAGGAUAGAAGAAUAGAAAUAACAACAGAUGGAAUGAAUAGACAGGUGGAAAUUGACAUAACAACUGAAAAUAUAAUAGAUAGAGCCACAGAGACAAUGAAAGAUAUUAAUAAAGAUAUUACAACAGACAUAACCAAAGACAUUACAACAGACAUACCAGCAGAUUUCGCUAAAGACUUAAGAAUAGAUACAACAACAGUAAAAACAACAAACAUAGCAAAAGAUUUGAUACAAUACACAGAAACAGAAAUGAAAAAAGAUAUAAAUACAGGCACACCAGCAGAUAUAGCAAAAGAUAUUGCGAUAGAAAUAGUCACCGAUAUAACAAAAGAUAUUACAACAAGUAGAACGACCGAUAUUACAGAGGUAUAUUCAAAUGAAGCGACAAAAAGUACUUUAUUACCUUUUACUUUAAAUUUUUCGACUGGUUUCAAGACAGAUUUUUCUACUCUUGCCACCGGAGUAACAGAACCAGUUGCUUCUGAUCUACUCCAAACAUCAAUUGCUGUAAAUACCACGACUAUUCAGGAUUCAUAUCUAGGAGAUUAUUCUAAAGAAGAUACAAUUACUAUAAAAAGUAAUAAUAUUUACACUACUUCUACAAUAACGACCUCAAUUCCUUUUGAAUCAACAAAUUUAAUAAACAUAUUAUCUACUACGUCAAAUAUUUUAGAUUCAAAUCCUAAUAUUCCUAAUGUCGUAGAUUCAAAAAAUGGACUAAACGGUGAAAUCAUAAUAAGUAACGAAAAAUACAAUAUUCCUUCGACUGAAGUUAACGCAGAAAAAAUGAGUAUUAUAACUGAUUCUUAUGAGGCUUAUACUACUAAACUUGACAAGGAUAUAUUAAAAGAAAUAUCAGUAAAACAUACAUCAAAUAUUGAAAAAGAUAUUGAGAUAACAACAGAGGCUUAUCCUGUUAAUCAACAUGAAAAAGAUAGUUCAACUACAACAUAUUACACAAUGGCCACUAAUGAAGGAACCUUUAAUAUAAAUACUAAGGAGUCUUCCACUUUAGUAAAUAAAUAUCCAGUACAAGAGGUUACAGAGACUUUAUUUGAUGAUUCAUCGAAACAUUUAUCCACAACGCUAAAAACAAAUGAACAAACUACAUUUUAUAAUUAUAAUAAUGUACCUUAUCCUCAGAAAGAACAUAGUGAAAAAUCAAUUAUAAAUAAAAAACUAAGUUCUACGUAUCCAGUAACUGAUGAAUCUGUUACUAGUACAACAAUUAUGUAUAACUAUAAAAGUGAUUCUUUAAAUAUUCUUACGUCACAAUCUUUUGAAUUAAACUCUGAUUUCAAAGAUACGUCUAUUACUGAAUCUACUAUUAAAGCUAAGCUCUUAACAACAUCAAAUAAUAUAAACGAAAAAGACAAUAAAUGGUCAACAACUACGAAAGAAAUUUUAGAUGAUAGUAGCACUCAUAAAACAGAAACAAAUACAAUUAAUUUGUUUAGUACGCUGAAUUUCAAACAAAAUUUUAAACCUGAAAAAAAUAUAAUUAAUACAUUAACGACGACAUCAGAAGCAUUCGAAUCAACAACAAAUUUCAACAAUAUUCCACUAAAUGCUUCCAAUAAUAUUCAUGAUUCUAAAUCAACUCCUUUUAACGAUUAUAAAAAAGAGAUUUUUCUAUCAACCACUCCUGAAGAUAUUAUGACUGGAGUAUAUGAAAGAACAGAAGAAUUAUGUGUCAAAACUGACACGCCCAGUUUUUCAACUGAUAUUGAUUAUAUACCAAAGACAGAGCGAAAUUUACCUACAGAACAACAAGCAACAAUGAAAUCUGUUGUAAACACUAAUAUACAAGAGAUUCCCAGUACAGAUAAAAAAUUUGAAACCACUUAUCCUACUGAGAGUACCAUGAAAACAGAAGUAUUAAAUAAUAAUUUAUCGGAACUACUGACAACUACAGUUGCACAUGAUUUGAGUUCUGAUGUAAGGGUAACAUCUAACUAUAAUAAAUUACAAAAUGGAACUAUAUUUACAAAUAAUAAUCAAAUUGUUCUACCCACUACUCCAAGUGGCACUGAUUCAUCUAACAUUCAACAAGAUUCUAUUUAUACAACACAAAAUCCUAAUUUAGAAAAAGAUUCAAUGAUGCCUAUUACAUCUGAAUCUGUUCCAUCAAGUAUUGAUUUAGAAAUCUUAAAUAAUUCUAGCAAAAUAUAUGAGUCUGAAACUUUAUAUACUACCAGUAAUAAAAUGGAAUUUCAAAGUACACUUGAUUAUGAAGAAUUAAUACAAAGCAGCAGUACUAUGCAUACGGAAAACACCGUUAAACCUCAAUUAAAAAGAACUGAAAGUAGUGGUUUCCAGAAACAGUUUCAUGAAAACAAAAAUACUAAAACCCCAGAAAAUCAAAGAAAUUUACAUAAUAAUUAUACUAAUAACCUAAUAAAAUCCUUAGCAAAUAACACUCAUAAAUAUUUACAAACAAAAACUAUUAAUGCAGUAACUCUCCCUACAGAUCUUUUAUCUACAAAGGCCCUCACAAAUUCCUUGAUCGAUAACGUGAGCUCUACUAAUCUUCCUAUAUUAGCCACAACAAAUAAUUAUAUAAAUAGAACAACUGUAGAUUUAGAACAUUUAGAUGGAUCCGAUAUUCCAUUACAAGAAACAAAACCUACUACUAUUGAAUUACAAGCCGACAUUGGAAAACCUGGCCAAAAAUAUGAAGUAAAUUCUACAGAUUUGAAAAUAACUUCUACAGAGUCAAUAAUGAUAGUUACAGAUAUGAGUACAACUGAUUUCACAGAAAAAUCACAAACUAAAUCGAUUGAAAGUGAAGAUAAGGUUACAACUCCUACACUAUUUACGUCAACAUAUGGUGAGACAUCUACUAUUUCAUCCGAUGAAAGAACAAGUUCCUUAUUAAAUGAUUACCUUUAUGGAUAUACUUUAAUGGACUCAACACGUAGUAAAAAAUAUCCAAAAAUGACCACUAUGACAAAACUAGAUUUCACUACGUCUAAGAUAAAUAUUGGAAUUUCAAAUCAAGAACCUUUAUAUACCGAUAAUAAUCUCUUUGUAUCAACUACAGACUCACAAAUAUUUAAGAGUGACUUUGAUUCAAAUAGAAUGAGUACAACUAGUGUAAUAAAUGAAAAUACUGAAAAUGAUAAUCUGUCAAUAGAUACAUCAGAACCGACCAUCCUUGAUGAUAAUAUUCUGACUUUGAAAUCUAAAAGUGAAAGUAUAGCACCUAUUGAUACUAAUACAAUCUCUAGUAUAUAUACUAAUUUCGAUUUAAAAAGUACCUCAUCGUCGUCAUAUACAGACACAGAGAUGAGAGGAGAUGAAAUUUUGGAUAGCCAAAAAAAUAAUAAUAAAAGAAAAUUAUUUACAAAACAUGAUAUUUUAGCAAUAUCUGAGAGAACAACCUUAACGAAUGCAGAAUUCGAUUUGGACAAACCUACAACCGUAUAUGUUUCGACUGUACCUGAUAAUUUAGUUAAUCCUGUAGAAUUGAUUUUAUCAAAUGGUAAAAAAUCAUCAAGUUAUACUACUAUUUCAUCUAUAUCCGACACAGAAGAAAUUAAUUUGACUGAAGUUAUCACCAGUCCUGCAACUUAUAAAGAUUUUUAUAAUACACAAAGGGUUACUGAGAAUGAUGAAAUACUUACUUCAAAUCAAAAGUCUGUGACAUCAUCUGAUUUAACCGAAAAACCGACUACUAAAACGGAUAAUGAAAUUUUAGCAACUAAAAUAUCUACUUCACGUUAUUUAUCGUCUACUGAUGCGACUACACAACAAACUGAACUUAUCUCUGAAUCAUCGAAUACAACUAUUGAUAUAGUGAGUACAACUAAUAUAAUUAAUUUAAAUAUAGAUUUAAAUUCUCCUGAACAAUUUGGUAAUGAUACUAUAACUUCGACAACGAAUAGAGCUAUGUACAUACCCAAUCAGGUAAUGGACAUAGCAAAUAGUACUGAAGUAUCAUCAACUAAAUACGUUGAAAAUAGUACAAAAGAAUCAAUUUUAACUACAUCGGAUUCUGUUAUUAUCAUAGACACAAAGGAUGAGAACAAUGAUACAGAAACGGAAUUAAGUGCUUCUAAAAAUACAAAUCUUGAUGCAUCAUCUACACUUAUAACAGCUCCGAUAACUAUAGCUACUUCACAUUAUGGUGAUUAUUUCUAUACAAAUUCAUACGACCAAACAAGAACUUCGUCUAGUAGUAUAAUAAAUUCCAAAUUUAAUGAAAAAGAGAUAACUACGGAACCGGUUAGUGUUAUCUCACACAUAAAUUUAGGAAAUAUUUCUCCGAAAACUACUGAUUACACAAUUAGUACUAUGGAAUUUGUAACAAAUACUCAAACUGAGUUAAUAAAUGAUGACUUAGGUAGAAAAAAAGAGUACCCUUCCACCUUGUCACCUCUAUCAAGUACUUCUUUAGAUAAUCUCUCAUCGCGAAGAAAAGACAUAGAUAUUGCUGCCUGGACAGAUUCAACUCCUUACUUUGACAUGGCAAUGACGGAGACUAAUACAUUUACUAACGACUUUAAAAUUAACCAUUUGUGCGAAUCAAAUUUUAAUUGCUCGACGGACAAGUCCUGCGUUAAUGGAGUCUGUGAGAACCCAUGUGAAGUACGCAACCCGUGUAUAAAGAAUGUUUCCUGUAAAGCAAUUAACCAUGAUGCAGUUUGUGUGUGCGACGGCGGUGCCAGAGACAACUGUAGAAAAGAAUCACCUGGGACACCUAAGACUCCGGAACCUUGUCAUUCUGAUCGCGAUUGUAUAGAAACAGAAGCCUGCUUUAUGGGGGUAUGUCAAAAUCCUUGCGAAUUUGACAAUGUUUGUGGCAUACAAGCUAAAUGCCAUCCAGUAAAACAAAGACCAAUGUGUUCAUGUCCAGCGGGAUAUGAUGGAGAUCCUGCAUUUAAAUGUUUGCCUAAAUCAUCCGGUUGCACUCAAAAUGAAGAUUGUCUUUUGACCGAAGCUUGUAUAAAUAGUGCAUGUCAACAUCCAUGUUCCAUACACAAUCCUUGUGCACAAAACGCUAUAUGUAUAAAUACAAACCAUGGUUCGGAUUGUAGCUGCGCGGACGGAUAUCAAGGAAACGGAUACGUCGGUUGCAUGCCAGUCAUCAAUACUAACUCUGUAUGUCAAUAUAAUGAAGACUGUCCUCCAGAAUUAUUAUGUGAUAGAUUAAACAGAGUAUGCAUAAAUCCAUGCUCAGUUAAUAAAUGUGGAGAUAAUGCAGAAUGCUUUCCCUCAAAUCAUGGUAUCCAGUGUGAAUGUUUUGCUGGGUACACGGGAAAUGCUUUCUUAGAAUGCUUCCAGGUUCAAGGAUGUCGUUCUGAUAACGAAUGCGCAAACGCGGAAGCUUGUAUAAAUGGAAAAUGCGAAUCACCGUGUAGAUGUGGAAUAAAUGCUAUAUGUGAUGUUUUAAAUCAUCGCGCAACGUGUAAAUGUUUAUCUGGUUAUACUGGAAAUCCUAUGAUUAAUUGUGAGCCACCAACAAAUCCCUGUUCCCCAAAUCCAUGUGGAAUAAAUGCACUUUGUGAAAAUGAUAAUGGUAACCCAAUAUGUUUCUGUCCUAAAGGUUUGACUGGAAAUCCUUUCAAAAAUUGUAUUCCGGAAGGAAAUGAGUGCGAGCCAAAUCCAUGUGGAUCAUUUACUGGAUGUCGCAUUAUUGAUAAUAAACCCGCUUGUUUCUGUCUACCUAAUUAUGAAGGCAAUCCUCCGCGUCAACCCUGUCGUCUGCCAAAUAAUCCUUGUAACCCUUCACCUUGUGGGCCUAAUACACAAUGUACUGUCUUAUCAAAUGGAUUUUCGAAAUGCACUUGUUUACCAGGUUUUGUAGAGAGUCCGAAUACUGUACGUGGUUGUAUUGAAGCACGUAAUCCUUGCGAACCUAACAUGUGCGGUGUAGGAGCACGUUGUGAUCCAAAUAGAGCGCCCGCAUGUUAUUGUCCCGAAAAUACUAGAGGUAAUCCUUAUAAAUCAUGUGUACGUGAAGGCUAUUUACCACCAACAGUACUGUGCCAACCAGGAAAUUGUGGUGAAAAUGCAGAUUGCUAUGUAAGUGGCAACAGAGAAAUGUGUUUUUGCAAGUCAGAAUUUAUUGGUGAUCCUAAUAUCGGUUGCCAACCACAGAGAAGUCCUUGCAAUCCAAAUCCUUGUGGACCUCAAGCAUUAUGCAAUGUCAAUUACGAUGGACAAGCACUAUGCACUUGUACUGAGGGCAGUACUGGAGAUCCUUUCAGCUUAGAAGGUUGCCAUUCUAGAGAGUGUGAAAUUGAUGAUGAGUGUGCGUUAGACAAAGCUUGCAUAGGUUAUAUGUGUCGCGAUCCUUGUCCCGGUGCUUGUGGCUUGAAUGCUAUAUGUCACGUAGAAUCUCACCAUCCCGUUUGUAUUUGUGAGAAUGGAUUAGUAGGUAAUCCUUUGAUAUGUUGCUUACAACCUGAAGAUCAUAAAAAUAACAGCCCAUGUACUAAAGUUCAAUGUGGUACAAAUGCAAUUUGUCAAGAUGUUGAAAAUACAGCGUUGUGCUCAUGUCCUCCUGACUUUUAUGGUGAUCCAACAAAAGAAUGUAAACCUGAGUGUGUCAUGAACUCAGAUUGCUUACCAAGUGAGUCUUGUAUUGAUAGGAAAUGUACAGAUCCAUGUCAUCAAAGCAACGUCUGCGGUAUUCAUGCUGUUUGCUUGUGUUCGGAUCAUACAGUCUCAUGUUUAUGCCCUGAUGGUUACAUAGGAGAUCCACUUAUACAAUGUGUUUAUAGACCUAUAAUAGUUAUUCCUGAUAAUACAACAGUGCAACCAUGUGCACCAAACCCUUGUGAUCCUACAUCAUUAUGUGAUACAUACGGAGAUAAAUUUGCAAUAUGCAAUUUGUGUAAUGGACCAAACUCUAUCAACAACCCUGCUUGUCGACCAGAAUGUAUUUUAGAUUCAGAUUGUGCUUUCAAUAAAUUUUGCUUGAGAAAUAAAUGCGUAGACCCUUGUCCAGGCUCUUGUGGUGUUAAUGCAGAAUGUAUGGUAUACCAUCAUGAUCCAAUUUGUCAAUGUAAAGAUGGUUUUACAGGAAACCCAUACGAGCAUUGUAAAUUUACUUCAAAACCUAUCUCUAAAGAAACUUGUGGUAAUAUUCGAUGUGGAGCUAAUGCUGUAUGCCAGAAUUUAAAUAAUGCCCGCUCAUGCAAAUGCUUGCCUGGUUUCUUCGGUAAUCCCUACAUGUCAUGUAGACCCGAAUGUGUUGUUAAUAGCGAUUGUCCAUCAAAACUUGCAUGUAUUAAUAAUAAAUGUGAAAAUCCUUGCAAAGAUGUCUGUGGGCUUGGAGCACAGUGUGAAGCUGUUAAUCAUCAUGCAAUUUGCUUCUGUGCACCUGAUCAGACUGGUGACCCUUACGUACGGUGCCAGAGUAGUAUCCCCACUUCACCGUCAUUGUCUAUAUGUGACCCAUCGCCAUGUGGACCGUACAGUCGCUGCCUAGUUUCGGCAACCGGAUUUGCGGUAUGCUCUUGCGUACCAGGAUAUAGAGGUAUUCCUCCAAUGUGUCAACCAGAAUGUGUUAGUAAUUCAGACUGUCCUCAAAAAGAAACUUGUGUUAAUCAAAAAUGUAUAAAUCCGUGCCUCGGUAGCUGUGGCGUUAAUGCUAACUGUAUUGUUGUUAACCAUAAUCCGAUAUGCAGCUGCGGGCCAGGAGAAAGUGGUGAUCCGUUUGUAGUAUGUACUAAAAAUUUGGAGUAUGAACCAAAAAAUAAAAAUCCAUGUGUGCCAUCACCAUGCGGACCUAAUUCUGUUUGUGAGAUCAAGUCUAACCAUCCUGUAUGUUCGUGUUUACCGAACUAUUCUGGAUCUCCUCCAUAUUGUAGACCCGAGUGUAUAAUAAGCCAGGAAUGUCCAUCGAGCCAAGCUUGUAUCAAUGAGAAAUGUGCCGAUCCAUGUAUAAAAACUUGUGGUAACAAUGCAGUCUGUAAUGUUGUAAACCAUACGCCAUUAUGUAGUUGUCUGCAAGGAUAUAAGGGCGACGCUUUUAUUGGAUGCAUUGCAGUAGCAAAAAAUGAAACUUUGACACCUUGCAACCCAUCGCCAUGUGGUGAAAAUACAAUCUGCACAGUUAUAAAUAACGUAGCGCGUUGUUCAUGUAUACCGCCUAAUAUCGGAAACCCUUAUGCUGGCGGUUGUAGACCAGAAUGUUCCAUAAAUUCAGAUUGCCCGAAUCACUUAGCAUGUUUAUCUAACCACUGCAGAGAUCCUUGCAAAGAUUUAUGUGGCGUUAAUGCAGAAUGUAUCGUUACAAGCCAUGUUCCUGUGUGUACAUGUUUCAAGGGCUACGAAGGUGAUCCGUUUUCUUCUUGUCGCCGAGUAUAUGCAGAACCAACACCCAUAAAUCCAUGUGAACCUUCACCAUGUGGUCCGAACAGUGAAUGUCACAUUGUGAGUAACAGAGCUGCUUGCUCAUGCCGCGCCGGCUACCUUGGUGCGCCACCAGCCUGUCGUCCCGAAUGCGCAGUCAACUCGGAUUGUCCAACAAAUAAAGCCUGUAUUAACCGAAAAUGCAAAGACCCUUGUAUUCAUAGCUGUGGUUUAGAUGCUCUUUGUCAUGUUAUCGGUCAUAACCCGAUAUGUAUGUGUCCUGAAAACUUCCCCGAAGGCGAUCCUUUCAUUCGGUGCUACAAAAAGAGUAUUUUGCAGCCAGCUCCAGAUCCUUGCCUGCCUUCGCCCUGUGGGCCUCACUCUACGUGUAAAAGUGAAUUUGGUCGAGCAGUAUGUGCAUGUGAACCAGGAACUUUAGGCGCACCUCCUACUUGCAGACCUCAAUGUCUCAUAAACCAAGAUUGUCCACUUGCACUUGCGUGCUUGAGUGGAGCAUGUGUCAAUCCAUGUGUAGGUUCUUGUGGAUUCAAUGCCCGGUGCAUUGUACAAAACCAUCAACCAAUAUGUUCGUGCGAUGAUGGCUACUCCGGGGAUCCAUUCUCAGGCUGCAGUCCAGUGGAGACUCCUAAAGACGUACCCAGACGUCCUUGCAAUCCAUCACCUUGUGGACCUAAUGCUAUUUGUAACGAAAGAAAUGGUGCUGGUGCGUGUACUUGUAUUGAUGAUUUUUAUGGAGAUCCUUACUUGGGUUGUAGACCUGAAUGCGUAAUGAAUACAGACUGUGCUAUUGACAGUACCUGUUUCAAUAAUAAAUGUGUAGAUCCAUGUCCGGGUACUUGUGGACAAAACGCAGAAUGUAGAGUUACAAAUCAUGCACCUUCAUGUUUUUGUUUACCUGGAUAUAAUGGAAACCCUCUUCAUGCAUGUACUCCUACUAUGUCUCUUCCGGGACCGGUUGAUCCGUGCCACCCUUCGCCUUGUGGCCCUUACAGCCAAUGUCGUACGUUUAAUGGCCAUGCGGUUUGUACAUGUCUUGAUAUGUGCGUUGGUUCACCACCUAAUUGUCGAACUGAGUGUAUUGUUAGUUCGGACUGUCGACCAAAUAAAGCGUGUUUAAAUAAUAAGUGCCAAGACCCGUGUCCUGGGACCUGCGGAAUAAAUGCUGAAUGUCGAGUUAUAAACCACAAUCCAGUCUGUAGUUGUAUAAGUGAUUUUACUGGCGACCCAUUCGUAAGAUGCUAUAUAGAAGACAAACAAAUGACGCCAAUUAAUAAUUGUCUUCCUAAUCCAUGCGGUCCGCAUUCUCAGUGUAAUGAUUUAAAUGGAGUUCCUGUAUGUUCUUGCUUAAAUAAUUACAUCGGGCGACCUCCAAAUUGCCGACCAGAAUGUGUCAUAAAUGUUGAAUGCCCUGGAAACUUAGCAUGUAUUUCGGAGAAGUGUAGCGAUCCAUGUCCAGGUUCUUGCGGUUUCCACGCAAUAUGUAAUGUAGUAAAACACAUACCAAUAUGUAUUUGUGAACAUGGAUAUACUGGUGAUCCGUUUUCUGGAUGUACAAUAGCUCCUUCUAUCGAACCACAAAUUGUAAGUCCUUGUUCUCGAUCACCUUGUGCAGUUAACGCUAUAUGUAAAGAGAGGCAUGGAAUAGGGUCAUGUUCAUGCCUUCCAGAAUAUUAUGGAGAUCCAUACAUUGAGUGCAGACCAGAGUGUGUUUUGAAUUCAGACUGUCCUAAGGAUAGAGCCUGUAUAAACAAUAAAUGCAAAGACCCAUGUCCAGGGGUUUGUGGAAUGAAUGCGGAAUGCCAUGUGAACAAUCAUGCUCCUUCAUGUGCAUGCAUACCUGGAUACGAAGGAAAUCCGUUUACUUCAUGUUAUAUAAGAGCUAUCGAGAAACCAACUGACCCGUGUGCACCUUCACCGUGUGGGCCUUAUAGUGUAUGUCGUGCUAAUGGUGGACACGCUAUUUGCUCAUGCCAGGAACAAUAUUAUGGAUCACCUCCUAAUUGUCGUCCCGAAUGUAUGGUUAGCAGUGACUGUAUGCCUAAUAAGGCUUGCAUAAAUCAAAAGUGUACUGAUCCAUGUGUAGGUUCUUGUGGCACAAACGCGAAAUGUACUGUAGUGAAUCAUAAUGCCUUAUGUAGCUGCCCUCAAAAUUAUAUCGGCGAUCCAUUCGUCAACUGUGCUUAUGAAAGAAGACCUAAGCCAAAGCCAUCUGGUAACCCGUGUAUUCCUUCCCCUUGUGGGCCAAACUCUCAAUGUCGAGUAGUAGGUGAAACACCAGCAUGUUCAUGCAAAGCUGGUUAUAUCGGUCGUGCCCCGCACUGUCGUCCAGAAUGUAUUUAUGAUGAAGAAUGUCCCAGUAAUCUUGCUUGUAUUCGUGAAAAAUGUAUGAGUCCUUGUGAUGGCUCUUGCGGCUCUAAUGCAAACUGUCUUGUAAUUGCGCAUAAAGCUAUUUGCCACUGUCGUGAAAGUUAUACUGGUGAUCCAUUUAGCGGUUGCUAUUUCAUUGUAACAGUACCAAGUGAAGAUGAAACAAAUCCGUGUAACCCAUCACCUUGUGGGCCAAACGCACAAUGCACGGAGAAGUAUAAUGCUGGAGCUUGUACUUGCUUAGCUGGUUACUUUGGAGAUCCAUACCUAGGGUGUCGCCCUGAAUGUGUGACAAAUAACGAUUGUCCUUUAGAAAAAGCUUGUUCGAAUAACAAAUGUGUAAACCCAUGUCAAGAAGCAUGCGGAAUAAACGCAAUUUGUAAUGUAGCACACCAUACUCCUGUAUGCCUCUGUAUUGAUGACUACGAAGGAAAUCCUGUUGUAUCAUGUCAUCCACAGAGAAAGCCGGUGCUACAAAAUUAUAAUCCGUGCGUUCCAUCGCCAUGUGGCCCAUAUAGUCAAUGUAAAGAAUUAAACGGACAUGGAGUUUGUUCUUGUGAAGAAGGAUAUAUUGGAUCACCCCCAGCUUGCAGGCCAGAAUGUGUUAUUAGCACGGACUGCCCACAACAUCAAGCAUGUAUAAAACAAAAAUGUAGUGAUCCAUGUCCAGGAACAUGUGGAGUAAAUGCUCGAUGCCAAACUAUAAACCAUAAUCCUAUUUGCACAUGCAAAGCCGGAUUUACUGGUGAUCCAUUCGUUGUUUGUCAAUUAGAGCAAAAACCUAUUUUCUUGGGACCUAAAGGAAAUCCAUGCAUACCAUCACCAUGUGGUCCAUAUUCUCAAUGUAAAGUAGUCGGCGAAGCGCCUGCAUGCUCUUGCUUACCAAAUUUCAUUGGUAUUGCACCAAAUUGUAGACCGGAAUGUUCAAUCAAUGCAGAAUGCCCUGGUAAUCUUGCAUGUCAAAAUGAAAAAUGUGUAGAUCCUUGCCCUGGUUCUUGUGGCUUUAAUGCAGAAUGUUCUGUAGCAAAUCAUGUAGCAUUAUGUAAUUGUGUAUCGGGACAUACGGGUGACCCAUUCAGUGGAUGUUCUGAAAUCGAAUAUGCUUCAGAACCACCGCCAAAUCCAUGCAAUCCAUCACCAUGUGGUGCAAAUGCACUUUGUAAAGAACGUAAUGGAGUUGGUUCUUGUUCCUGCUUACCGGAGUACUUUGGAGACCCAUAUACUGGGUGUCGCCCAGAAUGCGUAUCCAAUUCAGAUUGUGAUCGUAACAAAGCUUGUUCCAACAAUAGAUGUAAAGACCCAUGUCCAGGAUCAUGUGGUAUCAAUGCUGAAUGUAGAACAGUAAACCAUUCACCAACUUGUACUUGCGUUUCUGGAUUUACAGGAAAUCCUCUUUCAAAGUGUGAAUUCGAAAUAAUUCCAAGCGAAGCUGAUCCACAAUUAGAUCCUUGUCAACCUUCUCCAUGCGGACCAAACAGUCUUUGCCGCGUAAUAAAUGGCCAUAGCGUGUGUACUUGUGAAAUUGGAUAUAUUGGCACCCCGCCAUCUUGUCGACCGGAAUGUAUUGUUAGUUCUGAAUGUCCUCAAGAUAAAGCUUGCAUUAAUAAAAAGUGUAUAGAUCCAUGUCCAAAUACUUGUGGUCUGAAUGCUCGUUGCCAAGUCGUAACGCAUAAUCCUAUUUGUAGUUGUACAUCAGGCUUUACAGGAGAUCCAUUCACCAAAUGUAGCCCGGAAGAAAGAACUGUGCCAACAAACCCAUGUGUUCCAUCACCAUGUGGACCUAAUUCGGAAUGCCGUGUUAUUGGUGACCAAGCUGCUUGCUCUUGUUUACCAAAUUAUAUAGGUCGAGUACCAAAUUGUAGACCAGAAUGUACUAUAGAUGCUGAAUGUCCAAGCAAUGCUGCUUGCAUAAAUGAGAGAUGCAAAGAUCCAUGUCAGGGUGCUUGUGGAUUAAAUGCUCUAUGCCUAACAGUUAAUCAUAACCCUAUGUGCACGUGUCAACAAGGAUUUACAGGAGAUGCUUCUAAAAGUUGUGUUCAAAUUGUAAUUUCAUCAACCGAAAUGACUCCAACUUCAAGUCCAUGUUCACCAUCACCCUGUGGUCCAAACGCAGAAUGUCGAGAGAAUAAUGGCGCUGGUGCAUGCUUUUGCUCUAAAGGAUAUGAAGGAGAUCCAUAUGGCACAAAUGGAUGUCGUAGGGAAUGUGAAAGCAAUGACGAUUGUGCUUUAAACUUAGCGUGCACACGGUUCAAGUGUAUAGAUCCGUGCCCUAGAACUUGCGGCCAACUAGCUCAGUGUACAGUUGAAAAGCACGUCCCUAUUUGCUCAUGUCCAUCUGGAUUUACUGGAGACCCAUUCUUCCAAUGUAGAGAAAUAGUUUUUGAACCACCCGUCCUUAAUCCAUGUGAACCUACACCCUGUGGACCUAAUAGUCAAUGUCGACAAGUAAAUAUGCAGGCAGUUUGUUCAUGCUUACCGAACUACAUAGGGUCACCGCCGUCAUGUCGUCCUCAAUGUGUCGUAAAUAGUGAAUGUGAUACAUCUAAAGCAUGCAUCAAUCAAAAAUGUGACGAUCCCUGCCCUAAUACAUGUGGGCUUCGAGCUCAUUGUCUCGUUAAAAAUCACAAUCCAAUUUGCACAUGUCCAAUUGGAAUGACAGGAGAUCCUUUUACACAAUGUUAUACAAUUCCAACGAGUACAGAGCGACCACCAUCUUGCACCCCAUCGCCCUGUGGACCACAUUCUAACUGUCAAUUAUUGGCUAGUGGACCGGCUUGUUCGUGCUUGCCAGGAUACAUAGGAUCACCUCCAUCUUGCCGACCUGAAUGUACAAUUAAUUCUGAAUGUCCUGCAUCCCUAGCUUGUGUCAGACAAAAAUGUGAAGAUCCUUGCCCUGGGUCGUGUGGAGUUGAGGCGAAUUGUCAUGUUCUGAACCAUGUAGCCGUAUGUGUUUGCAAUGAAGGUUUUACAGGAGAUCCGUUUUCUAGGUGUUCACCGAUUCCUGAAGUUCCUACAACGCCUGUGCCAUCCGAUCCAUGUAACCCGUCGCCGUGUGGGCCAAAUGCUAGAUGUGAUAAUGGAUUUUGUACUUGUUUACCUAACUAUAGUGGAAAUCCUUAUGAAUCCUGCAGACCUGAAUGUACUGGAAGUCAAGAAUGUCCUAGGGAUAAGGCUUGUUUCAGGAAUAAGUGCCGUGAUCCAUGCCCAGGAGUUUGUGGCCAAAAUGCUAAAUGUGAUGUAAUUAAUCAUAUACCGAGUUGUUCUUGUAUUGUUGAUUAUACUGGUAAUCCGUUUACACAUUGUCAACCAAUGGAAAAAGAAAAAACACUUCCUAAAGAUCCCUGUCAUCCAUCACCAUGUGGUCCCAAUAGUGUUUGUAGAACAACAGACAAUACUGCAGUUUGCGCUUGCAUCGAAGGAUUUAGAGGAUCACCUCCAGCAUGUAGACCAGAAUGUAUUGUGAGUUCUGAAUGUCCGUCAACUAAAGCUUGUGUAAAUCAAAAGUGUAUUAAUCCAUGUAUUAAUGCAUGCGGCAUAUCAGCCCGCUGUGAGGUCAUCAAUCAUAGUCCAAUUUGUAGUUGCAAUACGGGACAAACAGGAGAUCCAUUUAAGAGUUGUUAUGAUAUAGUAGCAAUACUUCCUGAACCUGUCGAUGUUUGCAACCCUUCACCUUGUGGACCAAAUGCUUUAUGUAUAGAACGAAACGGAAAAGCUAAUUGCCGAUGUGUUGAUGAUUAUGUGGGACAGCCACCGAAUUGUAGACCAGAAUGUGUUAUUAAUCCUGAUUGUCCUUCAAAUCAAGCUUGUGUUAGAAAUAAAUGUAUAGACCCGUGCCCAGGAUCAUGUGGUGUCAAUGCGGAUUGCAUAAUAGUAAGCCACACUGUAUCUUGUAUUUGCAGAGAAAAAUAUACCGGCAAUCCAUUCUUACAAUGUGUUCCGGUAGAAGAUACUGCUAUAAAACCAUGUGAUCCAUCUCCAUGUGGAGCUAAUGCACUUUGUACUCAGAGAGAUGGCGCUGGAGCAUGUUCUUGCUUAGAAGGAUAUCAAGGAAACCCAUAUGAAAGUUGUCGCCCCGAAUGUGUUCUUAGUUCAGACUGCUCUGCUGAUAAAGCUUGUAUAAGGAAUAAAUGUAUCGAUCCUUGCCCCGGUAUUUGCGGAACAUUUGCAGAAUGCACCGUAGUAAACCAUGUUCCCACUUGUGCUUGCAUAAAAGGUUAUACAGGAAAUCCGUUUACUCAAUGUACUAAAAAUGAACCAAUAGCAGGCACAGGUAGCCCAUGUCAACCAUCUCCUUGUGGGCCCAACAGUAUAUGCAGAGAAAAUGGAGAAUUAGCGUCUUGUGAAUGCUUGCCAGACUAUAGAGGAGCUCCACCUGAUUGUCGGCCAGAAUGUACAGUGAGUAGUGAAUGCCCUUCAGAUCGCGCAUGCCAUAAACUAAAAUGCGCAGAUCCUUGUAGAGGCACAUGUGGAAUAGGUGCUCAUUGUCAAGUUAUCAACCAUAGCCCCUUAUGUAGCUGUCCGUCAGGAACUAAUGGUGAUCCAUUUACUGUAUGCCGAGAGAUUCAAUAUGUUGUAACUGAUCAAGACAAAUCGGUGCAGCCAUGUAACCCUAACCCUUGCGGCCCAUAUAGUGAAUGUCGAGCGAUAAACGGUAACCCAUCAUGUUCCUGCACUGUUGGUUAUAUCGGAGCCCCACCUAAUUGUCGUCCAGAAUGUCUUGUAAAUACUGAUUGUCCAUCAUAUCAAGCUUGUAUUGCAGAAAAAUGUACAAAUCCUUGUGAAGGCUCUUGCGGAUUUAAAGCAGAAUGUAGAGUACAAGAUCACAUACCAAUUUGUAGCUGCCCAUUAGGCUUCUCUGGAGAUCCAUUUAUUCAGUGCGCUGAGAUAAUAGUCACUCCGACUCAAGCAUCUGAUCCUUGCAAUCCAUCACCCUGUGGUAGUAACGCAAUAUGUGACGCUGGAGCUUGUUCAUGUAGUCCAGGGUAUUUUGGAGAUCCAUAUAAUGGAUGUCGCUUGGAAUGCUCCACUAAUGGUGAAUGUUCGCCGACACUAGCCUGUCACGGUGGAAAGUGUGUGGAUCCGUGCCCUGGUGCGUGCGGUACGGGUGCGACUUGCUCUGUGAAUAAUCAUAUACCAUCGUGUACCUGUCCACUAAGUACGUCUGGUGAUCCGUUUUCAUACUGUACGGAAGUAAUUAAAUCGGAAAGACCCCCAUCACCGUGUAGUCCUUCACCAUGUGGACCUUAUAGCGAAUGUACAGUGAGUAGUAAUGGAGCUGCCGCUUGCUCAUGUAGAGCUGGACAUAUUGGCUCUCCUCCAUCUUGUCGGCCAGAAUGCUUAGUGAGCUCCGAAUGUAAGCUUCAAAUGGCGUGUGUGGAUCGUCGUUGCCGUGAUCCUUGUGAAGGUGCAUGUGGACGGGGAGCUCGGUGUCAAGUUAUCGCUCACUCCCCUAUAUGUACAUGCAAUGACGGUUUUACUGGAGAUCCAUUCACUUACUGUUACAUCUCUCCAGCACCUCCGCCAACUCCGACAGAUCCGUGUGAUCCUUCACCUUGUGGACCUAAUUCAAUAUGUGUAAAAACUGGGGACAUACCAGCUUGCAGUUGCCAACCAAGUUUUAUAGGAUCUCCUCCAAAUUGCCGACCUGAGUGCACAAUAAGUGCUGAAUGCCCUGCAGCGUUAGCUUGUGUCACUCAAAAGUGUAAAAAUCCUUGUGUGGAUGCAUGUGGUGCCGGCGCUGUGUGUACGGUUGUAGACCAUCGGGCAAGUUGUACUUGUGAACCUGGCUUCGAAGGUGAUCCAUUCCAGGGUUGUUCUCGACCUAAGGCUCCGCCCAAACUAGAGUACCUUAAUCCCUGUGAACCAUCACCAUGUGGUGCCAAUGCUGAGUGUAAAGUUCAAGGAAAUGCAGGAUCUUGCACAUGUCUUCCGGACUAUUUUGGUGAUCCAUAUCAAGGAUGUAGACCUGAGUGCUUAGUUGACUCCGAUUGUCCUUUGGCCUUAGCGUGUAGUAGAAACAAAUGUGUUGAUCCUUGUCCUGGAGUAUGCGGCUACAAUGCCGAUUGUUUUGUAGCAAAUCAUAAACCCUCAUGUAACUGCAAAACUGGUUAUACAGGAAAUGCACUAUUAAUGUGUUCUGUAAUGCGUGAUAAAGAUGUAACAGUAAUAAAUGGGUGCAACCCUUCACCAUGUGGAGCUAAUGCUUUAUGCAAGGAAGUAAACAGCCAACCAGUGUGCUCUUGCUUGAACAACUACAUUGGCAUGCCACCAAAUUGCAAACCUGAGUGUAUCGUAAAUUCUGAAUGUAAAUCAAAUAGAGCUUGCGUUAAUAAUCGAUGUGUAAAUCCUUGUCCAAAGCCUUGUGGUAAAAAUACAGAAUGUAAGGUAAUAAACCACAGUCCCGUUUGUUCAUGUCGUGCAGGAUAUUCUGGAAACCCUUUCACUACCUGCACACAAGUGUUACAAAUAUCGUCCACACCAACAACAUCUACAAAUCCUUGUAUUCCAUCGCCUUGUGGUCAUUAUUCUGAAUGUCGGAAUAAUAACGGCUUAGCAGCAUGCUCAUGUUUGCCUAGUUACAUAGGAUCACCACCUUUCUGUAAGCCUGAGUGUGUUAUACAUUCGGAUUGCCCAAGUGACCAAGCAUGUGUAGCCGAAAAAUGUCGAAAUCCUUGUGAAGGUGCAUGUGGAAUAUAUGCAAAAUGUUUCGUGAAUAAUCACGUACCAGUUUGCUUGUGCUCAGAAGGCUUUACAGGUGAUCCAUUCCGGGAAUGUAUUCCAAAACCUUUCGAAGAUAUCCCUCAGCAAACACCAAUCGAUCCGUGUAAUCAAAGUCCUUGUGGACCAAACACAAAAUGUGUAAAUGGUGCCUGCUUUUGCUUAGAUGAUUAUCAUGGCGAUCCAUACCUUGGUUGCCGACCAGAAUGCAUCUAUAGCUCAGAUUGCCCUCAAGAUAAAGGAUGUCAGAGAAAUAAAUGUGUAAAUCCAUGCAUUGGCACUUGUGGAAUAAACGCCAUUUGUGAUGUAAAUAACCAUAUUCCAAUGUGUACUUGUCCAAAGGGUAUGAGCGGAAAUGCAUUCAUUGAAUGUCGCCCAGUUACAGUAAUUAACGUGAACCCCUGCAAUCCUUCUCCAUGUGGACCUAACAGCCAAUGUCAACAGUCGCAUGGACAGGCUGUUUGCUCUUGUUUAUCUGGUUACCGCAGUAGUCCACCUACUUGUAGACCGGAAUGCGCUGUGAGCCUUGAGUGCUCUUUGAAAGAAGCUUGUCAAAAUCAAAAAUGUAUAAACCCGUGUAUUGGUACAUGUGGAGUGGCAGCUGUGUGUGAUGUUAUCAAUCAUAAUCCAAUAUGCUCAUGUCCAAUAUCUUUUACAGGAGAUCCUUUUGUAAAAUGCUCAAUAAUUGUUGAAGCAGUGCAGGUUGACCCCUGUGAUCCAUCGCCCUGUGGUCCUCAUUCAACAUGUAAGAUAAGUGGAGAAAGCCCUGUAUGUGCAUGUUUGAAUGGCUUUAAAGGAUCCCCUCCUAAUUGCAGACCAGAGUGUAUUAGUAACAGUGAAUGCGAAUACAAUUUAGCCUGCCUUAAUCAAAAAUGUUCAGAUCCUUGUGUGAACAGUUGUGGGACAAACGCUGAAUGUAGAGUCGUUAGUCACUCUCCUAUGUGCAUCUGUGAAGUAGGUUACACUGGUGAUCCAUUUUCGCAGUGCAGUCUUAUAACACUUACGCCAAAUGAAAUUUUAAAUCCAUGUAGCCCAAGUCCAUGCGGCUCGAACGCUAUUUGCAGAGAGCAAAGAGGUGUUGGAGCCUGCCAGUGCUUAGAUGGCUAUUUUGGUAAUCCGUAUGAAGGAUGCCGACCAGAAUGCAUAGUUAAUUCCGACUGUUCACUUAAUAAAGCUUGUUCACGAAUGAAAUGUAUUGAUCCAUGCCCCGGGACUUGUGGAACAAAUGCUUACUGUCUGGUUAAUAACCAUAUGCCGAACUGCGAAUGCCAAACAGGUUACACUGGAAAUCCAUUUAGUCACUGCAAUAUAGUACAAGAAGCUCAAGUCCUUACAACUAAUCCAUGCAACCCAUCGCCAUGCGGAGCAAAUAGUCAAUGUAAAGAAACUAAAGGCCAGGCCGUCUGUUCUUGUCUUCCUUCAUUUGUUGGAUCUCCUCCUAACUGUCGACCCGAGUGUGUAGUUAGUUCGGAAUGCCCACCACAUCUGGCUUGUGAUAAUCAGAAAUGUAUAGAUCCUUGCAUUGGAAGUUGUGGCGAAAAUUCGAAUUGUAACGUUAUCAACCACAGCCCAAUUUGUGUUUGCAAAGCCGGAUUAACUGGAAAUCCUUUUACAAGAUGUUUCCCUAUAAAAGUGUCUCAACCUAUAGAGAAAGUGCCGCCAACAUCAGAUCCUUGCUUACCAUCACCAUGUGGUUUGCAUGCAGAAUGUAGAAAUAGCGGUGGAUCAGUUUCAUGUGCUUGCCAAUCAGGUUACGUUGGUAAUCCACCAAAUUGUCGACCUGAAUGUACAAUCAAUUCUGAAUGUCCAAGCGAUCAAGCCUGUAUCAACGAAAAAUGUCGAGAUCCGUGCUCUGGAGCUUGUGGUCUGAAUGCUAGAUGUACAGUGUUUAAUCAUAUUGCUCAAUGUAGUUGUUUCGAAGAAUACAGUGGCGAUCCAUUUUCGCAAUGUAUUUUAAAACCAUUAAAAGAAGAAAUAACUGAGACAGAUCUUUGUAAUCCUUCUCCUUGUGGAUCUAAUACAAAAUGUAAUGAUGGUGAAUGUACGUGCUUACCUGGGUAUUCAGGCGAUCCAUACUUUGGUUGUAGACCAGAAUGUUUAAUAAAUACCGAUUGUCCACAAAACAAAGCAUGCGUUCAAAAUAAAUGUGUGGAUCCUUGUUUUAAUACAUGCGGAAUAGGGGCAAAUUGCAACAUCUAUAAUCACAUACCAAUGUGCACUUGUCCACAAGGUUUCUCUGGAAAUGCUUUUCUAGAAUGUAGAAGAAUUACAGUUAGUGAAAUUAUUAAUCCUUGCAAUCCAUCGCCAUGUGGUCCAAAUAGCCAAUGUAGAGAAAUCAAUGGACAAGCUAUUUGUACUUGUUUACCGGGUUACAAAGAUGCCCCACCUACUUGUAGACCAGAAUGUGUAACCAGUGCUGAAUGUGCUUUGGAUAAAGCUUGUUCUGGUCAGCGUUGUAUUGACCCGUGUAAAGGAAAUUGUGGGAUCUCUGCAUAUUGUCAAGUAAUAAACCAUAAUCCCAUAUGUUCUUGUCCAGCUGGUUUAACUGGAGAUCCAUUUAGUAGAUGUAUACAAAAAGAAGAAAACCCCGUUUAUGUGAAUCCGUGUGAACCAUCACCAUGUGGACCAAAUUCUAUUUGUAAAGAAAUAGCAGGUUCGCCUUCUUGUGCAUGCGUGGAACAAUAUAUAGGAAGCCCGCCCAACUGUCGCCCUGAAUGUACAGCUAAUAGUGAAUGUUCAAAUGAUCUGGCAUGUAUCAAUCAAAACUGCAAAGAUCCUUGUCCUGGAUCUUGUGGAAUAAAUGCAGAAUGUAAAGUUCUCAGUCAUGCACCUCAAUGUGUUUGUCCAGUUGGGUUCACGGGAGAUGCAUUUAUUGAAUGUAAGAUCAUCGAAGUAGUUCUUACGCCUUGUUCUCCUUCGCCUUGUGGUUCUAAUGCAGUAUGCAAAGAACUAAACGGGGCCGGCGCUUGUGUAUGUCUUCCUGAAUAUAUUGGAAAUCCUUAUGAAGGCUGUCGACCAGAAUGCAUAGUAAAUUCAGACUGUCCCCUGAACUUAGCCUGCAUGCAGAAUAAAUGUAAAAAUCCAUGUGGAAAUAUCUGUGGACUUAAUGCUGUAUGUAGUGUUAUAAAUCACAGUCCUAAAUGCGAAUGUUUGCCAGGACUAAUAGGCAGUCCUUACCAAGAGUGCCGAGUAAAGCCACAAGAUAUUCCAGAACUUUCCAAAAGUCCUUGCAUACCAUCACCAUGUGGGCCUAAUAGUAUUUGCAAAACAUCAAACGGUCAGGCUAUAUGUACCUGCCAACCAGAAUAUCUGGGAUCACCUCCAGCUUGUAGGCCUGAAUGUCUUGUUAGCUCUGAAUGUGUACAACAACUCGCUUGCAUAAGCCACAAGUGUAAAAACCCAUGUGAAGGCGCAUGUGGCAUCAACACGGUGUGCAAAGUAAUAAAUCACAGUCCAAUUUGCACUUGUAAACCACAACAUACGGGAGAUCCAUUAAAUCGUUGUUACAGAGUACUUGAGAUAGAGCCAAUUACGACAAAUCCUUGUGCGCCUUCGCCUUGUGGACCAUAUUCACAAUGCCAAAAUAUUAAUGACUUACCUUCUUGCUCUUGUUUGCCGCAAUACUUUGGUAAUCCACCAAAUUGCCGACCUGAGUGUACUAUAAAUACAGAUUGCUCAAGUGACAAAGCAUGCAUAAAUGAAAAGUGCAUCGACCCCUGUCCAGGAUCAUGUGGUAUUAAUGCUGCAUGUAGAGUUCAAAGUCAUGUGUUAAUAUGUACUUGUCUUGAAGGUUACACUGGUGAUCCAUUCACAAGAUGUUCUAUUAAAAGGGAAAUUGAACCAGUAUCAAUCAAUCCUUGUAAUCCUUCACCAUGUGGACCUAAUGCUCUAUGUGAUAAUGGCGCAUGUACUUGCAUACCAGAAUAUCACGGUGACCCAUAUUUCGGCUGUCGACCCGAGUGUACGAUCAGCUCAGAAUGCCCAAUGAAUAAGGCAUGUGUUAACCAACACUGUAUAAACCCUUGUGACAAUACUUGCGGUGAAAAUGCAUUAUGUGAAGUCAUAAAGCAUAUGGCUAUGUGCACGUGUCCAACAAAAUUGACUGGCAAUGCGUUCGUCCAAUGCUAUCCUUUGAAAGAUAUUGUUCCACGAAAUCCUUGCCAACCAAGUCCCUGUGGACCUUAUAGUCAAUGCAAAGAAUAUAACAAUCAAGCAGUAUGUUCCUGUAUGCCAGAAUAUCAAGGCGCACCUCCCUCUUGUCGUCCUGAAUGUGUUGCGAGUUCAGAUUGCGCUUCGAACAAGGCUUGUAGUAAUCAAAAAUGUAUUAACCCAUGUGAGGGAGCUUGUGGAGUAGCAGCUUUAUGUCAAAUCAUAAACCACAAUCCAAUAUGUACCUGCCCUAAUGACAUGACUGGUGACCCAUUUACAAGAUGUAUCUUGAAUCCUCUGUCGGAACCUACAGUUGCAAAAAAACCUUGCCUACCUUCACCUUGUGGACCGAAUUCUAUUUGUCAAGAGACUGCUUCAGAAACACCGUCAUGUCAAUGUAUGCCAGAGUAUAUUGGUUCACCUCCUUAUUGCCGUCCAGAAUGUAUAUCGAACAGUGAAUGCUCACCGCAACUAGCAUGUAUUAAUAAGAAAUGCCAGAAUCCAUGUAUACAAGCAUGUGGUACGAACGCAGAAUGCAGAGUUGUAAGCCACAGUGCUGCGUGUGUCUGUCCUGAAGGUUAUAGUGGAGAUGCAGCUGUACAAUGUAUAUUAAAUGCUUUAAUACCCCUCGAAUCUAUAUCCCCUUGCUCACCUUCACCAUGUGGACCAAAUGCUGAGUGUAGAGAAAGAUCAGGAACCGGUGCCUGUAUUUGUUUAGUAGGCUAUUUUGGAAAUCCCUAUGAAGGUUGCCAUCCGGAAUGUGUCGUAAACUCAGAUUGUUCUAGCAAUAAGGCAUGCACAAAAAAUAAAUGUAUGGAUCCCUGUCCAGGCACGUGUGCAAUAAAUGCAGAUUGCCAGGUAGUAAAUCAUUCGCCUUUAUGUACUUGCCGAGCUGGAUACACUGGGGAUCCGUAUAAAUACUGUACUUUAAGAGAACGUGAAGAAACGCCAACAAAUCCUUGCCAACCAUCACCUUGUGGACCUAAUAGUCAGUGUAGAAUUUCAAAUGGGCAAAGUGUAUGUUCUUGUUUGCCGGAAUAUCGCGGAACACCGCCUAAUUGUAGGCCGGAGUGUGUAGUGAGCUCUGAAUGUGCCUCAGACAAAACUUGUAAAAAUCAAAAAUGUGUGUCUCCAUGUCCAGGACCAUGUGGACAAAAUACAGACUGUCGUGUGAUUAAUCAUAGCCCAAUAUGUACGUGCAUUAACAGAUUUACCGGUGAUCCCUUUUCAAAUUGUUAUAAAAUAACAGUGCCAGUCCGAGUUCCACAAGAAGUCGAUCCGUGUAUGCCAUCUCCGUGUGGACCAAACUCGCUAUGUCAAAACCGUAACGGCAUUCCAUCUUGUUCGUGUCAAUCAAACUUUGAAGGAAGUCCACCGAAUUGCCAUCCUGAAUGUACUAUUAAUGAGGAUUGUUUAAGCGAUCUUGCUUGUAUCAAUCAAAAGUGCAAAGAUCCUUGUCCAGGCUCUUGUGGAAUUAACGCUAACUGUCACGUUAUGAAACAUGUCGCUAUUUGCACUUGUGAUGAAGGCUAUACUGGAAAUGCGUUUACUCAAUGUAAUACUAUACCGAUAAAAGUACAAGAUGAUUUAUGUAAUCCAUCGCCAUGUGGGGCAAACGCUGAAUGUAACAAUGGUAAAUGUAGUUGUAUAUCGGAGUUCCAAGGAGAUCCAUAUAGUGGCUGUCGACCUGAGUGUGUCCAAAGUUCAGAUUGUGAACGUGAUAGAUCAUGUAUUAAGAACAAAUGCUUAGAUCCGUGUCCCGGAACCUGCGCAUCCACUGCAGUUUGUAAUGUCGUUAAUCAUAUUCCAAUGUGUAGUUGCCCUGAACGCAUGACAGGCAACGCGUUCUUAGAAUGUCGACCAAUUACAGAAUCUGUAAAUGUCAACCCAUGUCAUCCGUCUCCAUGUGGUCCCAAUAGUCAAUGCAGAGAGGUCAAUGGUCAGGCUGCUUGUUCUUGUGCUCCAAAUAUGAUCGGAUUUCCUCCUGCUUGUCGCCCAGAAUGUACUAUAAGCGCCGAAUGUCAACUCGAUCAAGCAUGCAGUAAUCAACGAUGUAUCAAUCCCUGUGUUGGUGCGUGUGGCGUAAAUGCAGAAUGCAAAGUAGUUAAUCAUAAUCCUAUUUGCACAUGUCCAAUGUUUUUUACCGGAGAUCCAUUCUCGCGAUGUUUUGCUCUUCCGGAAAAACUUCCUGAAACCACAAAUGUGUGCGUACCUUCACCAUGUGGGCCUAAUUCGAUCUGUAAAGAAAUAAAUAGUGUACCAUCCUGCACAUGCCAAGAAGGUUAUCAAGGCCAGCCUCCUAAUUGCAAACCUGAAUGUACAAGUAAUGAGGAAUGUCCAUCACAUUUAUCCUGUGUUCGAAUGAAAUGUAUAAAUCCAUGUGAAGGUGUUUGUGGCUUAAAUGCAGAGUGUAAAGUAGUUAGUCACUCACCUAUCUGCCUAUGUGCCAUUGGAUUUACUGGCGAUCCUUUCUUUGGGUGCACUCGCCAAAUUUUACAAAUUGAGGCUUUUUCUACACCAUGCUCACCUUCACCAUGUGGUGCAAAUGCUAAAUGUAAAGAAAAACAUAACGCUGGAUCAUGCACUUGCAUAGAAGGAUACAUCGGCAAUCCAUAUGAGGGCUGUCGUCCAGAAUGUGUAAUCAAUACUGACUGUCCAUCUAAUAGAGCAUGUGUAAAUAGUAAAUGCACAGAUCCUUGCCCUGGAAGUUGUAGCCAAAAUGCUGUUUGUCAAGUGGUAAAUCACGUUCCUUUGUGUACAUGCUUAAGUGGUUAUACUGGGGAUCCUUUUAAAUAUUGUGUUUACCAAGAACCAAUUUCACCAAUCUCAUCAACUGAUGUCUGUUAUCCUUCCCCAUGUGGUCCUAAUAGUCAGUGUAAGGCUAGCAAUAGUCAAGCAGUAUGCUCCUGUUUAUCAGGUUAUGAAGGAACACCACCAAAUUGUCGACCAGAAUGUGUAGUAAGUUCUGAAUGUCCACUGGACAGAGCGUGUGUUAACAACAAAUGUUUAAAUCCUUGUCCAAAGCCUUGUGGAACCAAUGCUAAUUGUAAAAUGAUUAAUCACAGCCCGAUAUGUUCAUGUAGGACUUCUUACACCGGUGAUCCUUUUACAUUAUGCACUCCUAUAAGCUUUGAGCCAAUACGUGACAUCAGUAACCCAUGUGUACCAUCACCAUGUGGUCCAAAUGCAGAAUGUCGAAAUAUUGGAAAUACUCCUUCUUGCUCUUGCCUAAUAAACUUCAUUGGAAGUCCACCAAACUGUCGCCCGGAAUGUAGUAUACACUCAGAUUGUCCCAGCGACCGUGCAUGUAUAAAUUCAAAAUGUCAAGAUCCUUGUCCUGGCUCAUGCGGUGUGUCUGCUUCAUGCAGCGUUCUUAAUCAUAUUCCAAUUUGUACAUGCCUUGAAGGCUAUAUUGGAGAUCCAUUUACAAGUUGCAGGCUGCAGCCAUUAGAAGUGGAACCUGUCGUUUUGGACGUUUGUACAAACGUCCGUUGUGGCUCCAAUGCUGAAUGUAUCAAUGGCCAAUGCCAAUGUCUAUCUGAAUAUCACGGGGAUCCAUAUUUUAACUGUCGACCUGAGUGCGUGUUUAGUACAGACUGUGAAGCAACAAAAGCUUGUAUUCAUCAGAAAUGUGUCGAUCCUUGUAUUGGAACUUGUGGAAUAAAUGCAAUUUGCCUAGUAGUAAAUCAUAUACCAAUGUGUAGUUGUAACAGUGGGUUUACCGGAAACGCUUUCGUUUUAUGUAAUCCUGUUAGAGUUCCAGCAUCUGAACAUCCUUGCACUACGGCCGUAUGUGGACCUAAUAGUCAAUGUCGUGAAAUAAAUAAUCAAGCUGUAUGUUCUUGUUUGCCAACAUAUUUGGGUGUACCGCCAGCUUGUCGCCCUGAAUGUGUAGUUAGUGCUGAAUGUUCUCAAAGCCAAGCUUGUAACAAACAAAAGUGUGUUAAUCCAUGUAUAGGAUCUUGUGGUUUGAGGGCUACCUGCGAAGUAAUAAAUCAUAAUCCAGUAUGUGCCUGCCCAGAUGGAUCAUCGGGAGAUCCAUUUGUGGAAUGCUCAUUUAUACAAAAUGUACCACCUUUAGUUGUAAAUCCUUGUCAACCUUCACCAUGUGGACCUAACUCUAUUUGCUUAGAUGUAAAUGAAAAUCCAUCGUGCACUUGUAAGCCAGAAUAUAAAGGACAACCACCGUAUUGCAAACCAGAAUGUAUCAGCAAUAGCGAAUGUUCGCCACAUUUAGCUUGUAUUAAUCAAAAAUGCAAAGAUCCUUGUGUUAGUGCAUGCGGUAGGAACGCUGAGUGCCGCGUUGUUAGCCACUCGGCUAUGUGUGUAUGCCCACAAGGCUACGAAGGUGAUCCAUUCACUCAAUGUUUUAUAAAAACAGCUAUUGAAAUUUUAACACCAUGUUCUCCAAUGCCCUGUGGAUCAAAUGCAAUAUGCAAAGAACAAAAUAAAGUAGGAUCAUGCAUAUGUAACGAAGGUUAUUUUGGAAACCCAUAUGAAGGAUGUCGUCCUGAAUGUGUGUCUAACUCUGAUUGCCCUGGAAAUAGAGCUUGCAUUAAUAAUAAGUGUCAAGAUCCUUGCCCUGGAACAUGUGGACUAAACGCAGAGUGUUCUACUAUUAACCAUUCACCAUCCUGUAUAUGCAUUUCGGGCUAUACUGGAGAUGCAUUUAGAAGAUGUACUGCAAUACCAUUGCAAUCCACUACUCCUGUGAACGGGUGCUACCCUAGUCCUUGCGGGCCAAAUAGUCAAUGUAAGAAUAUAAACGAUCAAGCGGUGUGCAGUUGUUUACCAAACUACUUUGGUGAACCACCAGCUUGCAGACCAGAAUGUGUUCUAAGUUCAGAUUGUACGUCAGAUAAAUCAUGCAUAAACCAAAAAUGUGUUAACCCUUGCCCUGGGCCUUGUGGCCAAAAUUCUGACUGUCGAGUGAUUCAUCACAAUCCUAUAUGCAGCUGUCUGCCAGGCUAUAUGGGAGAUCCGUUUACAAGGUGUUACAUUAAACCAGUGUCACAACCACAAUUUGAUGAAAUUAGAGAUCCAUGCGUACCGAGUCCUUGUGGUCAAAAUGCUUUAUGUCAUACUAUUGGAAAACAAGCAGCAUGUUCCUGCUCUCCAGGAUACUUUGGCAGUCCACCCAAUUGUAAACCGGAAUGUACCACAAACGAGGAUUGCAUUAGCUCUCUAGCAUGUACUAAUGAAAAAUGUAUUGAUCCUUGUCUUGGAUCUUGUGGUAAAAACGCUAAAUGUCUUGUUAUAAUGCAUGUAGCUAUUUGUUCAUGUCUUGAAGGAUACAAUGGCGAUCCGUUCUCAGCCUGUGAAAUAAAACCAGUACAAGAUAUUCAAAGUGAUCCAUGUAAUCCAUCGCCAUGUGGCUCUAACGCAGUAUGUAAUGAUGGUGAAUGUUCUUGUUUACCCGAAUAUCACGGUGACCCAUAUGUAGGUUGUAGACCAGAGUGUACAGUCAGUACAGACUGUGCAAGAAAUUUAAUUUGCAACUCUAAAAAAUGUGUGAACCCAUGCCCAGAUAUGUGUGGCAGCAAUGCCAUGUGCGAAGUAGUUAAUCACGUUCCUAUGUGCAGCUGCCCUGUUGGUUUUACAGGAAAUUCUUUCGUUUCUUGUAAUCCUGUUAAAGUUUCAUUGCCUUCAAAUCCCUGCAACCCAAGUCCAUGCGGACCAAAUAGUCAAUGUCACGAAACAAACAACAUCGCAGUGUGUUCAUGCUUACCGGAAUAUAAAGGAUAUCCACCAACCUGCCGACCGGAAUGCACAACUAGUUCAGAAUGCCCCUUAAAUAAAGCUUGUAACAAUUACAAAUGCAUAAACCCAUGUAAUGGUGCGUGUGGUAUUAGAGCGAUCUGUGAAGUUGUCAAUCAUAAUCCUAUUUGCUCAUGCCCAGCCGAUUAUACUGGAGAUCCGUUUAGUAGAUGUGUACCUAAGCCUUUAGAAACACCACCACAAAUAAACCCAUGCGUUCCAUCCCCUUGUGGGCCUAAUUCGGUAUGUCAGUCUAUAAAUGAUUCACCUUCUUGCUCGUGUAUGCUGACAUUUGUAGGAAUUCCACCAAACUGUCGACCAGAAUGCACGAGUAAUAGCGAAUGUCCUAACAACUUAGCUUGUAUAAAUAGCAAGUGUAAAGAUCCAUGUCUGGGGGCUUGUGGCUCGCUGGCACAAUGUCGGGUGGUCAGUCAUACUCCUAAUUGUUUGUGCCCACAAGGAUAUACGGGAGAUCCUUUCGUAGCAUGUCAAGUACAAAGCAUACUAGGGAACGAAAUUCUGUCACCUUGUACUCCUUCACCAUGCGGAAGUAACGCCAUAUGUAAGGAACGCAAUAACAUUGGUUCAUGUAUCUGCUCUCCUGGUUAUUUCGGAAAUCCAUAUGAAGGAUGUCGACCCGAAUGCACUGUAAAUACUGAUUGCCCAUCAAAUCGAGUAUGCCAACAAAACAAGUGUCAAGAUCCUUGUCCAGGAACGUGUGGCGUAAACGCUGACUGCCAAAUAGUUAAUCAUGCACCCUUAUGCAACUGCAUUCCAGGAUAUACUGGAAAUCCAUUCCAAAAUUGUUACUUCAAACAAGAUAUAGAAUUACCAUCUGAUCCUUGUAAUCCUUCACCUUGCGGACCCAAUAGUAUUUGCAAAGUUCAUAACGAGCAAGCGAUUUGCAGUUGUAUACAAGAAUAUCAAGGCAGUCCUCCAAAUUGCAGACCAGAGUGUAUUAUUAGCGCUGAAUGUCCGUCUGAUAAGGCGUGUGUUUCACAAAAAUGUAUUAAUCCCUGUAUUGGACAAUGUGGACAAAAUACAAAAUGUUUAGUAAUUAAUCAUAGCCCUAUUUGCACAUGCAUAGAACGUUUUACCGGGGAUCCUUUCAGUCGAUGUUACCCAAUCGAAGUGUACAUACCAGAAAAACAUAGCAAUCCGUGCUUACCAUCACCCUGCGGUCCAUUUAGUGAAUGUAGAGAAAACAAAGGUGUUCCAUCUUGUACUUGCCUUGAAAAUUAUCUAGGUUCACCACCAAAUUGUAGACCUGAGUGCGUUAUAAAUGCUGACUGUUCUAGUAAUUUAGCAUGUAUUAAUCAAAAAUGUAAAGACCCUUGCCCCGGAUCUUGCGGUAUUAACGCGCAAUGUGUAGUUAAAAAUCAUACGCCAAUUUGUACAUGCUAUGAAAAUUACAUAGGAAAUGCAUUUAUAGAAUGUAAAAUUCAAGAAAUCAUAAGCGAUGAGAGUAACGAUCCUUGUAAUCCGUCGCCAUGUGGUGCAAAUGCAAUAUGUAACAAUGGAGAGUGCACAUGCCUUCAAGAUUAUAAAGGCGAUCCCUACUUCGAAUGCCGUCCGGAAUGUAUUCUUAGCUCAGAUUGCCCACAGAAUAAGGCUUGCUAUAAAAAUAAAUGCGUUAAUCCGUGCAAUAGUGGUGUCUGUGCAAACAAUGCUAUUUGUGAAGUUAUAGGUCAUAUACCUAUGUGCCGAUGUCCUGAAAGGAUGACUGGAAAUGCAUUCGUACAAUGUUUACAAUUAAUAGUUGAAAGACCUGAACCAUGUCAACCUAGUCCAUGUGGCCCGAACAGUCAAUGUCGCAAUAUAAAUGGGCAACCCGUGUGUUCAUGUUUAUUGGGAUAUAUUGGUAGCCCGCCAUCAUGUAGACCUGAAUGUAUUGUCAGCACUGACUGUUUACCAGACGAAGCUUGUAGUAACAGGAAAUGUACUAAGCCUUGUCAGGGAGCUUGUGGUAUAGGAGCAAAAUGUCAAAUCAUAAAUCAUAAUCCAAUAUGUUCCUGUCCAUCCUCAUACACUGGAGAUCCAUUUAUUCGAUGUAUUCUCCAAGAAUUUAAACCAGAAUCGAUUAAUACCUGCGUUCCCUCUCCUUGUGGGCCAAAUUCAAUUUGUAAAGAGGUCUCAGGCACACCUAUUUGUUCAUGUAAGCCAGAAUACGUUGGAGCGCCACCAUAUUGUAAGCCAGAAUGCAUAAGUAACUCUGAAUGUCCUACUAAUCGUGCCUGUAUAAAUGAAAAAUGUGUUGACCCAUGCGAAUCGUCUUGUGGUUUCAACGCAGAAUGUCAUGUUAUAAGUCACUCACCCUCAUGUUCAUGUUCAUCUGAUUACACUGGAAAUCCUUUUAUUGAAUGUCACAGAAUUGAAAUGGUAAAUGAAGUUUUGUCACCCUGUGAACCUUCACCUUGUGGGGCAAAUGCUGUGUGUAACGAGCUAAACGGUGCAGGCUCUUGCACUUGUUUACCUGAUUUUCUUGGUAACCCAUACGAAGGUUGUAGACCUGAAUGUCUAAUUAAUUCAGAUUGCCCGUCACAUAAAGCCUGCAUAGUAAAUAAGUGUCAAGAUCCAUGCCCUGGAGCUUGUGCACCAAAUGCUAUAUGUCAAGUAGUAAAUCAUGCACCAUCUUGCUCCUGUAAUUUAGGCUUUACGGGAGAUCCAUUUAGAUACUGUAUGCCAAAACAAAUAGAAGAUAUACCUCAAAAUAUAUGUCAACCUUCUCCUUGUGGACCCAAUAGUCGUUGUCAAGAAGUAAAUAAGCAAGCUGUGUGCUCAUGUAUGCCAAACUACAUUGGUUCGCCUCCGGGAUGCCAUCCUCAAUGCAUAAUUAGCUCGGAAUGUCCAAGUAACAAAGCUUGUUUAAAUCAGAAAUGUGUUGAUCCAUGUCUUGACGCUUGUGGAACAAACACCGAAUGCAGAGUUAUAAAUCACAGCCCCAUAUGUAACUGUAAAACUCUCUACACUGGUGAUCCAUUUACGAGAUGCAAUCCUUUGCCACCGCCAGUUGCAAAUUCUGUUUUGGAACCAUAUAAAAACCCUUGCGUACCAUCGCCAUGUGGACCUAAUUCUAUAUGUCAAGAGAUUGGUGAAAUACCAUCGUGUACAUGUAUGCCAAAUUACAUUGGAAGUCCACCUAACUGUAGACCAGAAUGUGUCGUCAACUCUGAAUGUCUUCCAUUACUAGCUUGUAUCCAACAGAAAUGUCAAGACCCUUGUGAAGGUUCUUGCGGAAUAGGAGCAUUGUGCUCAGUUUCGAGACACACACCUAUCUGUUCAUGUCCUGAAGGCUACACUGGUGACGCUUUCAGUCUGUGUAUCCCAAAACCAUCAGUUGUUUCAGAUGUUAUUGAUAAAUGCAAUCCAUCACCUUGCGGAACAAACGCUAUAUGUGAUGAUGGUCAAUGUUCGUGUAUAAAUGACUACCAAGGAGAUCCGUACAUUGGAUGCAGGCCGGAAUGUGUUCUUAGCAGUGAUUGUCCUAAAAAUAGAGCAUGUAUUCAGAACAAAUGUGAAGACCCUUGUCCUGGAGCAUGUUCCAAUUCAGCUGUUUGUGAUGUUAUAAACCACGUGCCCAUGUGUAGCUGUCCACAAGGCAUGACAGGCAAUGCUUUUUAUAGUUGUGAAACAAUAAAAGCUCCAAUCAAAAGUGACCCAUGUGUACCGUCUCCUUGCGGACCAAAUAGUCAAUGCCGGGAAAUCAAUGGUCAAGCAGUUUGUAUAUGUCUUUCUGGAUAUAAAGGAAGUCCACCAUUGUGUCGACCUGAGUGUGUGGUGAGCUCAGAUUGUCCCGCAAAUAAGGCAUGUAGCAAUCAAAAAUGUAUAGAUCCAUGCCGAGGAUCGUGUGAUGUAGAAGCUAAAUGCUCUGUUAUUAAACACAAUCCUAUAUGCACAUGCCCACCUAAAUAUACAGGGGACCCAUUUACAAGAUGUUUACCAUUUAGUCCUGUAGUUGCAGAUGUAUCGCCAUGUACUCCGUCACCAUGCGGAUUUAAUGCUAUCUGUAAAGAUAUAUCCGGCGCCCCUUCGUGUGCUUGCAUGCCGAAUUUCUUUGGCUCUCCUCCUUAUUGUAGACCUGAAUGUUCUAGUAACAGUGAAUGUCCGACCAAUAAAGCGUGUAUUAACCAAAAAUGUAAUGAUCCUUGUAUUAGUGCUUGUGGCCAAAAUGCAAAUUGCAAAGUUAUAAGUCACUCACCAUUAUGUUUCUGCGACGUCGGAUAUGAAGGUGACGCAUUUUCAAAUUGCCGACCUCUACCACAACGAAUUCCUGAAUAUUCUUCGCCUUGUGAGCCUUCUCCGUGUGGUGCAAAUGCUAUAUGUAAAGAACGUAACUCAGCUGGAUCCUGUAUUUGUCUACCUGAUUAUAUUGGGAAUCCCUACGAAGGGUGUCGUCCUGAAUGCACAGUGAAUACUGAUUGCACACCAAAUAAGAGUUGUAUUCGUAACAAAUGCCAAGAUCCUUGCCCUGGAACAUGUGCACCACAGGCUACGUGUGUGACAGUUAAUCAUCUACCAGUUUGCACAUGCUCUCCUGGCUUCACUGGUGAUCCAUAUAGUAGAUGCAAUGUUCUUAAAGAAACAAACGUAGAACCAGUUACGCCGUGUGUGCCGAAUCCUUGUGGACCUAAUAGUAUAUGUCGUCCAGUCAAUGGCCAAAGUGUGUGCUCUUGCAUGCCUAAUUAUAUAGGUUCUCCUCCAGGAUGUAGACCAGAAUGCACAGUUAGUACAGAAUGUCCGACUAACAAAGCCUGUAUAAAUUUAAAAUGUGUGGAUCCAUGCCCCAGUCAUUGUGGAACAAAUUCUGAAUGUAAAGUGUUUACACAUAGUCCUAUUUGCUCGUGUAAACCAGGUUACACAGGAGAUCCAUUUACAAGAUGCUAUCAACAACCAAUUCAAGUAUUUUCGGAAACACCUAAAGAUCCAUGUGUCCCUAGCCCAUGUGGUGAAAAUGCAGUGUGCAGGAAUAAUAAUGGUUUUCCGUCAUGUUCGUGUUUGCCAAACUUCCAAGGGCUUUCACCUAAUUGCCGUCCAGAAUGUGCCAUAAAUCAAGACUGUCCGUCAAAUAUGGCAUGUAUUAAUAUGAAAUGUCGUGAUCCAUGUCCUGGUAGCUGUGGUCAAAACGCUAUUUGUACAGUAUUUAGUCAUUUCCCUACUUGCUCAUGUAUUCAAGGCUUUAGCGGUGAUCCGUUUACUAGGUGUAUUUUAAUUUCACCUAUGGAAGAUGAAUUUAUUCAAGAUCCUUGUAAUCCAUCGCCCUGUGGCUUUAAUACGGAAUGUAACAAUGGAAUUUGCACUUGUUUGAAUAACUUUUAUGGAGAUCCAUAUUUAGGCUGCAAACCAGAAUGUGUGACAAAUAUGGAAUGUUCUCUAGAUAAAGUGUGCUCAAGAAACAAAUGCGUAAACCCUUGUCCAGCGGCUUGUGCUCCAACAGCAGAAUGCAAUGUAUAUAAUCAUAUCCCUAUUUGCUCAUGUCCAGUAGGAAUGACAGGAAAUGCUUUCAGGGAAUGUAACAGAGUUGAAGUUUCAACAGUGCAACCGUGUAAUCCAAGUCCAUGCGGACCGAACAGUCAAUGCCGAACAGUUAAUAACCAAGCAGUUUGCUCAUGUUUGCCGUCAUUUAUUGGUAGUCCGCCUUCAUGCCGACCAGAAUGCACUAUAAGCGCUGAAUGUCCACUAGAUGAAGCCUGCAAUAAUCAGAAAUGUAUUAAUCCUUGUAUCGGUAGUUGUGGUUACGGUGCAAGGUGUGAAGUAAUCAAUCAUAAUCCUAUAUGCUCUUGUCCUGCACAAUAUACUGGCGAUCCGUUCUCAAAUUGUAUUUCAAUAGUCUCCACUCCGUUAGCAACUAUUGAUCCUUGUUCACCAUCGCCGUGUGGACCAUAUUCUAUUUGUAAAUUUAUCGGCGAGUCACCUUCUUGUUCUUGCCAACCUAAUUAUAUCGGAUCUCCACCAAACUGCCGCCCGGAAUGUAUAAGUAAUUCAGAAUGUCCUAUCAAUGAGGCUUGUAUAAACCAAAAGUGCAAAGACCCUUGUCCUGGAAGUUGCGGAUAUAAUGCCGAUUGUAAAGUCGUCAGCCAUGCAUUAAUUUGUUCGUGUCCCUACGGUGAAACAGGUGACCCGCUAACAUCUUGCAGUCCAUUAAAAGAUUCUGUUAUCGAAUAUAGUUCUCCUUGUGAUCCCUCACCUUGUGGUCUCAAUGCAGCGUGUUCCGAAAGAAAUAGUGUUGGCUCAUGUAAAUGCCUCAAAGAUUUCAUAGGUGAUCCUUACGAAGGAUGUCGACCGGAAUGCGUGCUUAAUACUGAUUGCAGCCCUAGACUAGCUUGUAUUCAAAAUAAAUGUAAAGACCCCUGUCCUGGAAUAUGUGCACCAAACGGUAUUUGUCAAGUUAUAAAUCACCUACCGUCAUGCUACUGUCCGCCCGGUCUUACUGGAGAUGCUUAUACUUACUGUGUACAAAAAGUUGAAGAUGACGUCAAAGUAACUCCUUGUACACCAUCUCCCUGCGGACCAAAUAGUCAGUGUCGUGAGGUUAACUCACAGGCAGUGUGUAGUUGUAGCGAUACAUUUAUGGGUACUCCACCUAAUUGCCGCCCAGAAUGUACUAUAAAUAGUGAAUGCGCCCCAGAUAAGGCGUGUGUCAAUAGGAAAUGUGUUGAUCCCUGUAGAGACCAAUGCGGUAGAAACGCUAAUUGUAGAGUUAUUGCGCACAACCCUAUGUGCUCAUGUCAAGAACUCUUUACAGGAGAUCCAUUUUCGUAUUGUAUGCCUCAACUAACAUCGAUAGUGCCGCAACAAGAUAUUAAUCCUUGUGUGCCAUCGCCCUGCGGCCCAAGCGCGCGUUGUGAAGAAAACAAUGGCAUUCCUCGUUGCAGCUGCCUCCCGAACUACUCCGGGACGCCUCCGCGUUGCCGCCCGGAAUGUACUGUCAAUUCCGAGUGUAAUGCAAUCAAAGCCUGCAUAAAUAAUCGUUGUACGGACCCUUGUCCAGGCGCAUGUGGAAGUAACGCCCAAUGUAUAGUUAACAAUCAUCUUCCCAUUUGUUCUUGUCUACCGAGCUAUACAGGUGAUCCAUUUACGAGUUGCAACUUCAUAAUCCAAGACAUCGAGCCAAUUAAUAAAUGUUCUCCAUCUCCAUGCGGAACUAAUUCAGUUUGCAAUGAGGGUAUUUGCUCUUGUUUGCCAGAAUAUUACGGAGAUCCUUAUUUCGGAUGUAAACCUGAAUGUAUAUUGAAUUCUGAUUGCCAACGCAACAGAGCUUGCAUUAGAAACAAAUGUAACGAUCCUUGUGUAGGAACAUGUGGAAGUGAUGCAACCUGCGAUGUUAUUAAUCACAUACCAGUAUGCUCGUGCCCCUUAGGAACUACAGGCGAUCCUUUCCAUUACUGCACAAAACUAAUAGAAUAUACUCCACGAGAUUUAUGUGAGCCCUCACCAUGUGGACCUUAUAGCCAAUGCAAAGAAGUAAAUGGUAACGCCGUAUGUGUAUGCGUCCAAGGCUAUAUUGGCACUCCACCAAAUUGCCGUCCAGAAUGCACAGUGAGCUCUGACUGUCCACUUAACAAGGCUUGUUCCAACCAGAAGUGUAUCAAUCCUUGUCCUGGAGCAUGUGGACGAAACACUAAUUGUAUUGUAGUUAACCAUAAUCCAAUAUGCACAUGUUUGACUGGGUUCUCCGGAGAUCCAUUCUCAGUCUGUCAAAUAAUACCGUCCUCGCCGCCUGUAGCAAUAAAUCCAUGCCUGCCUUCGCCAUGUGGACCUAACUCAGUUUGUACAGAAAAUGGAAACAGUGGAGAUUGUCGCUGUUUACCUGAAUUUAUUGGGUCGCCACCAAAUUGUCGUCCCCAGUGUACGAGUAACACAGAAUGCACUACAAAUAUGGCUUGCAUUAAUAAAAAAUGUAGCGAUCCUUGUAUUGGAUCUUGUGGAGUGAACGCUGAAUGCAGAGUUGUCAGUCAUACCCCAAUGUGUUUAUGCCAGAACGGUUACACUGGAGAUCCAUUCCUAUAUUGUAAUAUUAAAAUAGCACUUAUUACACAAGAAAGACCUACGCCUUGUAUUCCUUCGCCUUGCGGAGCUAAUGCAGAAUGCCGAGAACAAAAUAAUGUCGGAUCGUGUACAUGUAUGCCAGGUUACUUUGGAGAUCCUUAUGUAGCGUGCAAGCCGGAAUGCUUGGUAAACUCUGAUUGCCCAUCUAAUCAGGCCUGUCAUCUGUAUAAAUGUCACGAUCCUUGUCCUGGAACAUGCGGUUUAAACGCUCAGUGUAAUGUAGUGAAUCAUAUACCAAGCUGUAGUUGUCUGGAACCAUACUACGGGGAUCCAUACAAAAUAUGCUUCUUCAAGCCACAAGUCGAAAAAAUUAAUCCGUGCAAUCCUUCACCAUGCGGACCCAACAGCCAAUGUAAAACUCAAAAUGAGCUGGCAAUUUGUUCUUGUUUGAGUGGUUACCAGGGCUCACCACCUGAUUGCCGUCCAGAAUGUGUCUCUAGCUCUGAAUGUGACCUCGAUAAAAUAUGCGAAAAUUUGAAGUGUAUAGACCCCUGUCCCCGUGGAUGUGGAGUGAACGCAAACUGUCGAGUCAUCAAACACAAUCCUAUAUGUGCAUGCAAGGAAGGUUACACUGGAGAUCCAUUUACAAUAUGCCGUGAAAUAACUCCUACAGAACCUAUUUUAAUGGAACCAAUUAACCCGUGCGUACCAUCACCAUGCGGGCUCAACGCAGAUUGUCGAGAUAUAGGGGGAAUACAUUCUUGUACAUGUGCAGCAGGAUUCUUCGGGAGCCCACCAAAUUGUAAACCAGAAUGCAUUCUUAACACUGACUGUAGCAAUGACAAAGCGUGCAUCAAUAUGAAGUGUCUCGAUCCAUGUCAAGGAUCAUGUGGACAUUUCGCUGUAUGCAAUGUCGUGAACCAUGUACCCGUUUGCUCCUGCCCUGCUGGUUACAAUGGAGAUCCAUUUGUAAUUUGCAAUAUUAAAACACCAGAGCCUGUACGAGACGUCAAUCCUUGCAAUCCAACGCCAUGUGGUCCGAAUGCCAUUUGUAAAAACAAUGGCGAAUGUACAUGUCUCCCAGAAUAUCACGGCGAUCCCUACUUCGGAUGUCGUCCGGAAUGCGUCUUAAGUUCAGAUUGCUCUCUAACCCAAACUUGUUUGCGUAACAAAUGUGUUGACCCGUGUAUAUCCAUGUGUGGAAUAAACGCAGAAUGCCAUGUUUAUAACCAUGUCGCUAUAUGUAGCUGUCCAACUGGAAUGACAGGAGAUGCUUUCGAAAGAUGCACCAAUGUUCAGAUUACUGUUACAAAGCCUUGCGAACCAUCUCCGUGUGGACCAAAUAGUAUUUGCAGAGAUAUGAAUAAUCAAGCCGUGUGCACAUGUAUUAAAGGAUACGUAGGCAGUCCACCAAGUUGUAGACAUGAAUGUACUCAAAGCGCCGAUUGUUCCCCGUCGUUGGCCUGUAUAAAUAGAAAAUGUCAAGAUCCAUGUCCAGGUUCAUGUGCUUCUAAUGCUAUAUGCAACGUAAAUAAUCACAAUCCAAUAUGCUCAUGUCCUCCACGAUACACAGGAUCUCCAUUCACUCAUUGUUAUGUUGAACAAAUGGAACAACUGCCCAUGAAUCCUUGCUCAUCUAAUCCCUGUGGACUAAACGGCAUAUGCAGACUCAAUGGAGUUUCCUAUAUUUGCUCAUGUCAACCAACAUUUGAAGGUACUCCACCAAAUUGCAGACGAGAAUGCAGUGUUAAUGAAGAUUGUCCGUCAGACAAAACUUGUAAUAAUUAUAAAUGCCAAGAUCCUUGUCCUGAAUCUUGCGGAAUAAAUACUUUAUGCACAGUAAGACUCCAUACUGUUAUGUGCUCGUGUGAAGAAGGAUAUACCGGAGAUCCAUUUACAUCAUGUCACCGGGUCCAAGAAAUACUAAAACCUCAAGAUCCAUGUGACCCAACACCUUGUGGCAUUAACGCCCGCUGUAAAGUAUCAUUUAAUAGUGCGGCUAUGUGUAUGUGCGAACCAGGAUAUUUCGGUAACCCAUACGAAGCUUGUAGACCUGAAUGUGUUGUUAAUACGGAUUGUCCAUAUAAUAAAGCUUGUCUUAGAAAUAAAUGUGAAAAUCCAUGUCCGGGUGUAUGUGGAACUACUGCUAUCUGCGAAGUCAUUAAUUAUCUACCAACUUGCAAGUGUUCACCUGGAUAUACAGGAAAUCCUUACGCAUACUGUCAUAUAAUAAUAAAUGAACCUGAACCAGUCCAACAUAAUCCUUGUACACCUAACCCUUGUGGAAGCAAUAGCAUCUGCAAGGAGAACAAUGGAAUAGCAACAUGUACAUGUAUGCCUAAAUAUAUUGGAUCACCUCCAAGUUGCCGCCCCGAAUGCACUGUUAAUUCUGAAUGCCACAAAUCAAAGAGUUGUAUUAAUCAAAAAUGUGUCGAUCCAUGUACCGGGGUAUGUGGACUAAACGCCGAGUGCAAAGUAAUUAACCAUGCACCGCUUUGUUCGUGUCCUCAAAAUUAUGAAGGAGAUCCCUUUACUAGAUGUAUUUUAAGACAAAAAAUCCCACCAGCUGAUGUCAACCCUUGCACGCCAUCUCCAUGUGGUCCCAAUUCAAUAUGUCAGACCAUAAAUAAGAUACCAAUGUGCGCUUGCAUGGACAACUUUAUUGGUUUACCACCGAAUUGUCGACCAGAAUGUACUGUAAAUUCUGACUGUUCUUUGAGUAAAGCUUGUAUCAAUCGAAAAUGUGCAGAUCCCUGCAUUGGCUCUUGUGGAUUACAAACUAUAUGCCAAGUUUAUCAGCAUUCAGCUAUUUGCAGUUGUAUGGAAGGAUAUACUGGAAAUCCAUUCGAAAGUUGUCACUUUACACAAGUUAUAGAACACACACCUGUCGUCUACGACAAUUGCAAUCCAAAUCCAUGUGGAGCCAAUACUGAUUGUAACGAUGGAGUAUGUACCUGUAAAAAGAAUUUCUUUGGUAAUCCUUAUAUGAGCUGUCGCCCAGAAUGCACACAUAAUUCUGAUUGUGCACCGAAUUUAGCUUGCAUGAAUAAUAAAUGUAUUAACCCAUGCACGAAUCUUUGUGGACAAAAUGCCUCUUGUGAAGUUUAUAACCACGUCCCAAUUUGUAGCUGUCCGCCAAACACCAUAGGAAAUGCAAUCUUCUCUUGUAUAUAUGAAAAAGUUGAGGAACAUAAAAGAAAUCCCUGUGUUCCAUCUCCAUGUGGUCCGAAUAGUCAAUGUCGCACAGUACAAGAGCAAGCAGUUUGUUCGUGUCUCUUAGGUUACAUAGGAACUCCUCCAUCUUGUCGUCCAGAAUGCUUAGUCGAUUCGGAUUGUUCGAGUGUAAUGUCCUGCUCUAAUCAGAAGUGUAUUGAUCCUUGUCGCGGAUCAUGUGGAGUAAACGCUGAAUGUAAGAUCCACAAUCACAAACCAAUAUGCUAUUGUCGAAACGGUCUUACAGGCGAUCCAUUUACACAAUGCCUGGAAGUACUAUAUGAAAAACCGACAACACCUGAACCAUGUUACCCAUCGCCGUGUGGUCCUAAUUCUGUCUGCAAAGAAGUGGGGCAAACAUAUUCAUGUACUUGUUUAAGUGAUUUCAUUGGGAAUCCUCCAUACUGUCGACCUGAGUGUGUCACAAACAGUGAAUGUAAUUUCGACAAAUCUUGCGUUAACAAUAAAUGUGUAGAUCCUUGCAUAGGUGCUUGCGGACACAAUACAAUUUGUCGAGUUGUCAGUCACUCACCGAUGUGCUCUUGUGAGAGUGGAUAUGAAGGGGAUGCGUUUGAUCAAUGCUCUCCGAUAAAAGUGACCAUACAUAAGCCAUUAGAGCAUGUCCAACCUUGUUUGCCAAGUCCUUGCGGCCCCAAUGCUAUAUGCCAAGAAAGGAAUACUGCUGCAAGCUGUAUGUGCUUAAGUGGGUUCUUUGGAAACCCUUACGAAGGCUGUAGACCAGAAUGUUUGCUCAAUUCCGAUUGCCCACAAAACCUAGCCUGCAUUAGUAAUAAAUGUCAAGAUCCAUGUGCCGGUUUUUGUGGAAUAAACUCAGAAUGUCAAGCUGUAAGCCAUGUCCCUAAAUGUAACUGCAUAGUUGGAUAUGAAGGCAAUCCAUAUGAUCGUUGCAUAUUGAGAGUUGAAGAAAAACCAAAAGAUCCAUGUAAUCCUUCUCCCUGUGGACCUUAUAGUUCAUGCAAGGCGAUUAAGCAACAAGCUAUUUGUACUUGUAUUCCUGAAUAUAAAGGAAGCCCACCCAACUGUCGUCCAGAAUGCGUUUCAAGUUCAGAAUGUCCUCUAGAUAAGGCAUGUAUCAAUCAAAGAUGCAAAGACCCAUGCGUUGGCACAUGUGGAGAAAACGCCCAAUGCCGAGUCCAUCGUCACAGUCCCUAUUGCACUUGCCUAGAAGGUUUUGAAGGAGAUCCAUUUAGUAGAUGUACUAGACAAGAGAUUUUACCGCCAACUACGUUACCCUGUGAACCGAAUCCCUGCGGUCCGUAUGCAAUCUGUCGCGAUGUAGGCGGCUCGGCAUCGUGUAGUUGUAAGCCAGGAUAUGUCGGCGUUGCCCCGCGGUGCUCUCCAGAAUGUACUAUUAACGAAGACUGUCCACGCGAUAAGGCUUGUGUUCGGGAAAAAUGUGUCGAUCCCUGCAUCGGUUCAUGUGGUAGCAACACAGAAUGUCGAGCGGCAAAUCAUCUCGCUAUAUGUUCUUGCUUGAUAGGCUACCGUGGUGAUCCAUUCGUUGGUUGCUAUGAAGCUGAAAGAGAAGUACUAAACUUGCCUCCGCCUGAUGCUUGUACUCCAUCACCCUGUGGUAACAACGCAGUAUGCGAUAAUGGAACUUGCGCAUGUAUUCCCGAGUAUCAUGGAAAUCCAUACAUAGAAUGUCGACCAGAAUGUACCACCGACAAUGAAUGUGAAAAACAACUUGCAUGUGUCAACUAUAAAUGUAUUAAUCCGUGUAAAAAUGCUUGUGGAAUAGACGCUAUAUGCAAAGUUUAUAAUCAUUUGGCCAUCUGUGAAUGUCCAGCACCUUUACGAGGGGAUCCAUUUAUCGCUUGUCGUCGUGUUACAGCCCCUUCUAUAACAGAUCCCUGUUCGCCAAAUCCUUGUGGGCCAAAUAGUGUAUGUCGAGCGUCUGGAACUGUAGCUCAUUGUUCAUGUCGAUCUGCUAUGUUUGAAGAGCCACCGAGUUGUAGGCCGGAAUGCCGCUUUGAUUCAGAUUGCCCACUAAGUCUUGCCUGUAGAAAUAACAAAUGUAGGGAUCCUUGUCCGGGCUCUUGUGGUAUACAUGCUGUGUGCCGGACAAAUGCGCACUCUCCAAUUUGUAGCUGCCCUAACCAGUACUCUGGCGAUCCAUUUAUUCGGUGUUUUGAAGUUACAGGUUAUGAGCCUGAAGCAAAGUCCCCUUGUCAAGACUGUGGGCCUAAUGCAGAAUGCAUCAACGCUGAAUGUCGAUGCCGAUCUGGUUUCUUCGGCGUUCCUCCUUUCUGUCGUGUCGAAUGUCUUACAUCUAAUGACUGUGCCAGGAAUCUCAUGUGUUUAAACAGACGCUGUGUAGAUCCUUGUCCCGGAGCAUGCGGCUUCAAUGCUGUUUGUAAUGCGGUUGCUCACGAACCACGCUGCAAUUGUCUCCAAUCUCAUACAGGAAACCCACGUAUAGAAUGUCGGCUGAUCGGGAAUAUUCCUAAACUACCAAAUGACCCCUGUAGCCCAUCUCCAUGCGGUCCUGGUGCUAUAUGUCGCUCGAGAGGCACUGGCGCGUCCUGCGAGUGUGAACCAAAUCUACAUGGCGAUCCCUACACAGGCUGCAGACCAGAGUGUAUCGCAGACUCAGACUGCUCUCCAAAUCAUGCCUGUAUGCGAUCACACUGUCGAGAUCCAUGUCAAGGAACUUGUGGAGUUGGGGCAGAAUGCGAAACCGUAAACCAUAUUCCUCUCUGUUCAUGUCCACCCGGAACGAGAGGAAAUGCCUUUGAAAGAUGUGAAGUCGUCGUUUCAGCUCCACCUUGCACACCGUCUCCAUGCGGUCCUGGUGCUCUAUGUACGGUCGUCGGUGACAAGGCUGUUUGUUCCUGCCCAAGCGGCACGAAUGGAAAUGCCGGUUCCUCGGGAUGUCGCCCAGAAUGUGUCGUGAGCUCCGAGUGCCCGCGCGACCGCGCUUGUAUGCGCAACAAGUGCAUCGACCCUUGUGUAGGCGCUUGCGGAAACGGCGCUAUCUGCAGGGUAUUUGAUCAUGCACCUAUAUGCUCCUGUCCACCCUCCACCAUAGGCGAUCCGUUCCUGAGCUGCAGAGUUAGAGAUACACCAGUAACAAGUCCGACAGUCUACGAUCCGUGUGAUCCUAGCCCUUGUGGCCCACAUGGAACAUGUCGCGAUGGCUUCUGUACCUAUCCUGAAUGUAUUGUUAACGAUGAUUGCCCUGGAGACCGUUCUUGUAUCAAUAGAAAAUGUUCAGACCCAUGCAUUAAUGCAUGUGGUAUAAACGCAAUAUGCUCUGUCAUUCGACACUCGGCAGUUUGUUCUUGUCCCGUUGGUUAUACUGGUUAUUCAUUUGUACGCUGCGAGCAAAUAAACACAGUUACUCCAGCACCUCCCCUCCCUGAAUGCCUACGAGAUGAACAAUGUGCAGAUAACGCUGCUUGUAUUGAUUCCAAAUGCGCUCAAGUGUGUGGUCCCACAAAUUGCGGCGUGAAUGCUCGAUGCCUAGCCAAACAACACAGAGCACGUUGCGCUUGCCUGCCUGGCUACGAAGGAGAUGCUUACGUAGGAUGCUAUUCAGUACAAUGCCAUAGUAAUAAUGAUUGUCCGGAUGACGAGGGCUGCGUAGGCGGUUCGUGUGUGAAGGUGUGUCAACACGUGCGGUGCGGUGCCGACGCCCACUGUUACACGCGUGGACACGUCGCUUCCUGUGAGUGUAACUCCGGCACACGCGGAGACCCGUGGAGUGUGUGCCGAAAAGACGAGUGUACCGUAGACGAAGACUGCCCUGCUUGGCUAGCUUGCAGAACGAGAACCUGCCAGGAUCCUUGUCCCGGUGCAUGCGCGCUCGGUGCUCUAUGCAAUGUCGUACGCCAUGCUCCUAUAUGCGAGUGUCCGAGGGGAACUGUAGGAAAUCCAACAAUAGAAUGUAAACCAGUCCAACCAGACUAUGUAGGCUGCGGGUCUGACGCCGAAUGCACACCAGGAUUAGCUUGCCUGCAAGGAAGUUGCAAGAACCCGUGUGACUCUACAUCUUGCGGAGUACGAGCCGUUUGUCGCGUAGCAAACACACUGCCUUUCAGGACUCUUAUAUGCGAAUGCCCUCCACCCUUAACCGGUGAUGCCUCCAUACAGUGUAAUCCUAGGGGACAAUGUUCAGAAGACCUAGAUUGCGGAGAUGAAGAACAAUGCAAGCAAGGGCAGUGUAAAAACGUAUGCGAGGGUGCAUGCGGCGUCGGCGCUGAGUGUCGCGCCAGCGCGCACCGCGCAUCUUGCGUCUGCGUGCCGCCUUUAGAGGGCGAUCCCAAUGUAGCGUGCACGCCAAGUGCGACAGGGGCGAUGUGCCUCUUGGACACUGAGUGCGGUGCGGCUGAGGCGUGCGUGGCGCGGCGCUGCGUGUCGGCAUGUGCGGGUGCGUGCGGCGCCGGCGCGCUUUGCGAUGCGCACUCACAUCGCGCGCGCUGUCGCUGCCCGCCCGGCACUGCCGGUGAUCCUUCACGCGCGUGCUACACGCCGGAGUGUACUUCCGAUGAAAACUGUCCAUUUGAUAAGAGCUGUCUGAAUGGAUACUGUCGCGAUCCAUGCGCUCUUGGUGACAAUUGCGGCCGCGAUGCUGUCUGUGAAGUCAUCGCUCACACACCUACCUGUCGCUGCCCACCGGGUACCCAGGGAGACCCUCGUCGCGCCUGUAUUUCAGGAAUUUGCCAAUACAAUGAAGACUGUGAUGACACUCAGAUAUGUAACAGGUUAAAUCGAUUGUGUCAGCCCGCGUGCUCAGAAAGCAGUUGUGCGCGAGGAGCCGUCUGUACCGUAAGUCGACAUCGUCCAAUAUGUAGCUGUCCACCUGGCUACAGUGGGGACGCGUACGGCCGGGGCUGUCUCUCUGUACAGUUAACCGACGAAUGUGCCACCGACGCGGACUGUGCGAGCCCGUUCGGCUGCGUCAACGCCCGGUGUGUCGACUUGUGUCUAGGCAAUCCUUGUGAAGCCGGCCUUCUUUGCAAGACUGUAGAUAUACUGCCACUUCGCGCGGUCGCUUGCGUGUGUCCCGACGAAGGCCGCUCCGGUCCCGAUAGCGGAUGUCGAGAACCACCUGAAGCCGAAUGUUCAGCCGAUUUGGAUUGCGCUAAUAGUCAGAUUUGCCGUAGGGGCAAAUGUGUGGAUGCGUGUAAAGCAUCACCGUGCGGAUACAAUUCGCUUUGUGAAUCUGUCGACCAUGUAUCGCGCUGCAGUUGUCCUCCCGGAUAUAUUGGAAACCCAAGAAUAGAAUGUAAUACAGAACCGAGACAAACUCCAAUUUACGAAUGCUACAAAGACGAAGAUUGUGGACCAGAACAAGCUUGCAAAGAUCGCACUUGCAUUAACCCGUGUGCAGAUGGUUGUGGAGUUGGAGCUUUGUGUCGCGUUAUAGACCAUAAACCAUAUUGCUCUUGCCCUAUUGAUUACACAGGCAAUGCAAAAAUACGUUGUAUACCACCAUCUCAAGAUGAAUCUCUAAUUCCUGUUGGUUGUAAAGCAAACUCCGACUGCCCAUUAUCCCAAGCGUGUAUAAACAGUGCCUGUGCUAAUCCUUGCGUGUGCGGCCCUAACGCCGAAUGUACGGUCAUCAGACACCAUCCAGUUUGUUUCUGUAAAAUCAAUCAUUCAGGAAACCCAUACAUUGGAUGUGUAAAAGUUGAGUGCUCAUCCGAUUCAGAUUGUCAAGACAGUGACAUGUGCUAUAAUGGAGCUUGCGUCAGUCCGUGUAUCGUGGAGGCUCCAUGUGCUAUCAGCGCAGAAUGUUACGGCGAAAGUCAUCGACCUAAAUGCCGCUGUCCAAAGGGCACCUUCGGCAAUCCUUACGAUAAGUGUAAAGCAACGGAAUGCGAAAUUAAUACGGACUGUAACGAUGACAGCGUGUGUAUCAAAGGAGUAUGCCACAAUGCUUGCUCUGCUGAAGGCGGUAACCCAUGCGCUUACAAUGCAAAUUGUUUUGCCCGUAAUCAUGCAGCAUCAUGCAAAUGUCCAUCUGCACUACCAAGAGGCAAUCCAUUAACUCACUGUGAGAAAACUAUAUUACUUGGAGAACCAGAAUGUCGAAUGGAUGGCGACUGCCCUAGCGGACAUGCUUGUCUUAGAGAUAAAUGUCGCCCUGCUUGUGAAGAACUCAAACCAUGCUCUGGAAACGCUCGUUGUACCGUAUCUGAUAGCAUCCCGUUCCGAACAAUGAUUUGCCGCUGUCCGGAAGGUUACAUUACUGAUGGAAACGGAGUAUGCAAACCAGCUCAACUACCUCCAUUGAGUUGCUCGACGGAUCAAGAUUGUAGCGACCAAGAGUCAUGUGUGAAUAGAAUUUGCCGUAACCCUUGCAACUGCGGUGAAAACGCUGAUUGCUUUAUACGCGACCACAGACCAGUCUGUUCUUGCCAUGAAGGCUUCGAUGGCAAUCCUUACCGUCAGUGCCGUAUCGUUGGAUGUCGCUCUAAUUCCGAAUGUGAAUCGCACGAAGCCUGUAUUAAUGGCAACUGUAUUAGUCCUUGUCUUUUAAAUAGUACUUGUGGCCCCAACGCGGAAUGUUUCGUAGAAAGAUCUCAACCACUUUGCCGGUGCCGCUCUGGCUUUGAGGGAGACGCUUAUUUAGGUUGUAACGCCGUAGAAUGUAGAUCGAAUGGCGACUGUCCUCUAGAUAAACAGUGUAAUACGCACAGAUGUGUUAACCCAUGCCACCUGUCGAACACUUGUGGUAACAACGCCGAAUGCUUAGUUCGCAACCACAUUGGUGUUUGUAAAUGCAGACCAGGUUAUACUGGCAGUCCCUACAUAGAAUGCAGACCUCAGAAAUCAGCAGAAUGCUACGUCGAUGCCGAUUGUCCACCUAGAUUAGCCUGCUUGUCUGCGAAAUGUGUAAAUCCAUGUACAGCCUUGCAGCCUUGUUCGUCUCCGGCAGAGUGUGAAGUAUCACCAACACUACCUGUACGCACUAUGAUCUGCUCAUGUCCACCCGGAUAUGUAAGCAAUGGAAAAGGCAUUUGUAAACCAGCUACGCCAAUUUUAGAUGUAGCUUGUGAAACUGAUAUCGAUUGUACGUCUAACCAUGCGUGCGUAACUUCUGUGUGUAAAAAUCCAUGCGAAUGUGGACCGAAUACUGAAUGUCAGAUGAAAAACCAUAAACCAGUUUGUGCCUGUAAACCUGGAUUUAUUGGCGAUCCACGUACGGGCUGUUACGAUAUAGCAUGUCAAGCCAAUAGCCAAUGCGCAGAUGAUGAAACAUGUAUCAACAAACGCUGCGUGCCCGCCUGUGAAGUUGAAUCGAACAUUUGUGGAGAAUUUGCAGAAUGUUACGGAGCUGAACAUCGCGCCUCGUGUCGUUGUCAAAUUGGUACAUUUGGUAACCCAGCUUUAGCCUGCUCACCCAUUAGCUGUCGAGCUAAUUCUGAUUGUCCUCCACUUAAAUCAAAAUGCAUUAACUCAAAAUGUAUAGAAGCUUGUACCUCGAAUACUUGCAAUGAACCAGCUGAAUGUCGUGUGCAUCUUCACGAAAUUUAUUGUGUUUGUCCUCCGGGAUACCAGAGCACUAGUGAAGGCUGCAACAAAACAGUAUCGCUUUGCAACACAGAUUUGGAUUGCCCGCCGUCUACAGCGUGCUUGUCAAAUAAAUGCGUCAACCCAUGCUUAGAAAUAAACCCAUGUGGAACAAAUGCCGAAUGUAAAGUUGCCGACACAAUGCCAGUCAAAACAAUGAUAUGUGAAUGUAUACCUGGAUAUAGAGGAAAUGCCCUUGGGGAAUGUACACCAUAUAAACCACCUAUCGCGAAAUGCGCACGUGAUGAAGGUAUAGAUGAAUACGGUGAAUGCUCACCCUGCGUAGAAAGUGAUGGCAAAGUGGUAGACGCGAGAGGGCAUUGUGUGUGCGACUCGGACCGCGGUUUUACAGCGCGCGGUGACGCAUGCAUCCCCACUGGUUGCCGCGGUGACACUGAAUGUGACGACGCUUCGCGCUGUAUCAACGGCAAGUGUGUGCCCGCAUGCGAGGCUGAGCCCUGCGGCGUGCACGCCACUUGCGAGGGCAUCGGCCACCGCUCGCGCUGCGCCUGCGUCACCGGCUACGAUGGCAACCCCAAGGUGCACUGCAAUGCUACAUCGACUCCUAAUAUCACCUAUCGCACUGAUUUCCCUCUCCCCGAUAUGCAGGUAUACUGUCUUGCAAACGGAGUAAAAGUGAGUCUGAAAAUAAAAGACUUUAAUGGAGUCUUAUACGUGAAAGGCUAUAGCAAGGACGAGCGAUGCCGUCUUGUGGUACAUGCAACAGAGAAUCAAGAAAGUCCGGUAGACUUCACCGUAUUAUUCGGCGACUGCGGAUUAGUUCAUGUUAAUGGCCUUGCGAGUUUCGUCCUUGUGAUGCAGAAACAUCCCAAAUUAGUGACAUCGAAUGCAAAGGCUUUCCACAUCAAAUGUAUAUAUAAGACUGGAGAACAGAAUGUGACGCUCGCCUUCAAUGUGUCGAUGUUAACGACGGCCGGCACCAUCGCCAACACCGGCCCGCCGCCGACCUGCUCCAUGCGCAUCGUAUCGCGCACCGGCGACCAGGUCAAUUCCGCGGAGAUCGGCGAGAAUCUCGUCUUGCAAGUGGAUGUUCAACCUUCGAGCAUCUAUGGUGGAUUCGCCCGCAGUUGUAUUGCAAAAACUAGCGAAGUAGCUACGAACAUAGAAAACGAAUACACUGUCACAGACGAGGACGGCUGCGCAACUGACGCCGCCAUAUUCGGAGAGUGGGAAAGAAGCGAAGACGGAAGCGCUUUGAGAGCGGCUUUCAACGCUUUUAAAUUCCCUAGCAGUGAUAAUAUAAGAUUUCAAUGUAAUAUACGAGUAUGUUUCGGAAAAUGUCAACCGGUUAAUUGUCGCGGUUUGGACGCGUUCGGGAAGCGUCGAAAACGAGAAACGAUCGAAAGCGAUGGUCCGCUCGCGGGCCAACUGCGCGAGGAGGUGACGGUCGAGUCUAACCAGAUCCUGACGCUAGAGCGGCGCGACCCGUCGCGUGCGGCACGGCAACGAGACGGCUCCGGCGCGGCGGGCGCGGGUGCGGCAGGCGGAGGGGAGGUGUGCGUGUCAGCAGCCGGGCUGGCCGUGGCGCUGGCGCUGACAGCGCUGCUGGCGCUGGUGGCUGUGGCGGCGGCGGUGGCGUGCUGGCUGGUGGCGUGGCGCCGCGCGCGCCCGCCGCCCGCGCCACUGCCCCACCCGCCCGACUUCCCUAACCCUCUGUUCCAGCGC